GUGUGUGUGUGUGUGUGUGUGUGUGUGUGUGUGUGUGUGUGUGUCGGUCUGCAGCUGAAACCGUCCGGAGGUCUGAUCGAGGUGGGCGGAGCCUGAAGCCGGAGAGGUCCUGCAGCGACGCGCCGAAGCAUUCCGGACUCCCGCACCCGUCCGAGGAGGAGGAACCAUCAUGGCUACGACUACUUGUACGCGUUUUACCGAUGAAUACCAGCUGUACGAGGAGCUUGGAAAGUAAGCUGCUGAUUUAUGUGAAUUUUCUAACCAUGCACACAGAUGGAGGGAAGGGGGGGUGUCUGCACAGAUGCGGUGAUGGAUACAGCUCCAUCCUUUCAAAACAAAAACGCACGCUGCUUCUGCUUCCUAAAUUAGCUCCUUUAAAAAUCUCAAUCAGGCUGAUUUUCUUGGGUUUCCUUCGCUUUUCUUUUAAAUCAGACUUGUUUGAGAGCAGGAGGCGUGUUACAGCUGCUGGAUCUUGCAUUAGGAUGGAGCUGCAUGAGCCCAGGAGCACUUCUGGGCACCCCCCCCCACCCCCCCCACCCUUUGCUUUGCCCAAGGGCUAAUUAGGGACAAACAGGGCCUAAUAUGAGGGGAAAGCUGAUGUGUCGGCAUUAAGCUCUACUCAUCAUCAGCUGUCUUUAAUCACAGUGGCACUCAGCUUAGCAGAGAAGUCAGAAUAAUAAUACUGCUGCUGCUGCUCUUGAUCUCCAGCUAAUCUAAUGAGGUGUGUCUUUUUGUGGAAAAAAAAGGAAAAGAAGUGGAGAGAUUUGGGGUGUGUGGCUCCUCAUAAGAGGCAGACAAAUUGAGACUGAAGAGGCUUCGGGUGCCACAGUGGGUAGAUGCAAAGUGGACUCCAUGUCUCUGUCAGGUUGUGCGUGGGUAGAGAGGAUCUCUCUCUGCCUCACAGGAACAUUUAUUCCACAGCACCAGCGCCGAAAUAAAAAAAAGGAAAAGCAAGUUGAGUGCUGAGGAUGGUUUCAGUUCAAGUGUUGAUAUUUUCAUUUACAGGCAGAUUUGAGCUCCUUUGUGCUGCCUGGGAUCUCCAGUGUGUGUUUUUGUGUGUGUGUGGGAUGUGAUAAGUUAAAGACAAUAGAGAAGCAGCUGCCCUGACUGAUAACAGACACAGCCUUAUUGCUGUUUUUGCUGCUGUUGUCACUUUCUGAUGCGCGCUGGGUUUAUUCUGUGAAGCAGAUGUUGCUGCAUAUUGUGACAGGAAGGUGGAGUUUCGCUCACUCUUGGUGUUCAGCACUUUCUGGUUUUUGACAGAGGCGUGUCUGAACUUCUUCGUCAGGGGUGACCCGACGUGUCCCGCUCCGAACACGUAAAAUUCGCGGCCUUUGUCUGUUACCUGAUGCUUGAAAUGAUGGCUGUAACUUUGGUCGCCCUUGAAUGUCAGUUUGCAGGUGCAGGGCUGCUGCACAGAAACACAGAUGCAGUGUCGAAGAUGACCUCUAAGAGAAAACUGAAAGAGCAGAAAUGUCGGAUUUGCACGGGAAUGAAUUUUGCUGUUACACGCUUUUCAUUUGAAGCCUGAGAAAACAUUGCUAACAAACAUCUUCUUGUCAUGGAGAGUAAAUUACACGGACAAAAUCUGGUCUGAGUGACGCCACCUGAUGGUUUCUGAAACAGCGUCAUGAUAUUCAAAGAUGGCGGUCACUAUUUAGAAGUCCAACUUACUUGCUGCCAACUUAGAGAGCUGCAAAGAGGUGGAGUUGAGUUCAUGGUGUUGCAACAACCCGCCUACCUGUCAGUCACAUCAGCCUCGCACCUUUAAAACUGCUGUUAUCUGCAUUACCCCCAAUUUCCACCGCAUGUGGAACGGCUACGAAAAGGCCGCAUCCGCCUAUCGCAGCUGAUCGUAAUCAUCCAAGUUAAUGUGUCAAUUUCCACCGGCUUCUUUCCAUCCGUGCAGAUUGCCAGACUUUACAGCUGAUUGCAGGAGUUCUAUUUUUAUGGAUGAAUGUCGGAUAACUUCAGCACAGAUUAACCCGUGCUGGAAAGGAAGUCAGGCACAGGCACAAAAGAAAAUAUCCGGCUUCUUUUCAAAACCAAAUAGAUGGAUCGUAUGUCACAACAUGCAAAUGGGCGGAGAUGAACAAGUGAAAGGUUUUCAGAUGUCAUUUCACCCCGUUGACACCAUGGAUGAGGAGAUGCGGAUUCUUAAAGUCUAGAAGUAGAUUUCCCCCUGUGGAAGGAAACAAUCUACCGCUUAUAUUUCUAUGUGGCUGUCUUAACAGAAACAACUCGUUACCGCGGGAUUGCACGUAAAUCCGUGGGUUCUUGUGAGUUGUCGCAAUUACCGCUGUCUGUAAUCCACCACGAAAUUCACCUCAACAACGGUAGGAAUUGGCGGACGGCGAAAAUCGCUGCCAUUCCAGAUUUGGGGUUAUAGUCUUUGCCUAAGAUGACACCGAUAAGGCUGCCUGCAGUGUCUGCAGACAAUUCGUUCAUUUGUAAUCCGCCUCAUGAAAUUUCAUUAAAUAGUCCGAUCUCUAUCUCUAAUAAACAGGUGUUAACAGUUACCCAAUUACACUCACAGUACAGCUGACCUCCAGCCAUUCAGGAAGUGUUGUGGGCGGGACAUGAGGUGGGACGAAGUGGUGCAAAGUAGCGGACUCUUUAUUAGGACUGGGCAAUUUGGCAAAAAAAAACAUCAUGAUAUAUUUUGUCAUAUCGUCUGAUCUUGAUUAUUAUCACGAUUUUUUUGUAGAAAGUAGAGAUUAGAUCAACAUUUUAUUAACAUAUUUUUAACCCAAAAUAAACAAAUCGCCCCCUCAGGGAUGAUGAAGACAUUAGAUGAUGUGAGCGUAGAUGAUACAAUUGGUUGCUGCUUUGGUCUGGUGGCUGCAACGCUAUUUUUAGCUAAACUGCUAAUGCUAGGUGUGCAGUGUCAGGCUGUGCAGACUCCACCCACAUAUUUAUACUUUCCGCAUAAUCACUUGGGAAGUACUUCUUAAAAUAAUGAAACAGAUUUGUCCACCGAGAUACCUUACACAUCAGCUUAAUUACUUCACGUCACUUUGGAAAUACCUGAACCACCGCCACACAACCGAGGUUGAAUAACUUCUCUCUCAACAAUAACAUCUUUGGAGGGUGACUCAAAGUCAUGGCUGACAUCUAUUUCGCUGCCUGAGCUCCGCGUUUAGCUCCACGUUCGGUCACUCUGUUUACUUUUCCGGCAACUUACAGAAGUGAGCAGGAAAAACUUGACUCUGAUUGGCUGUUGUCAAGCACAUUCUCACUAUGUUUGAUCAAGUAAAUAUGCUCACAUCUGAUCACCGUGAUUGAAUUGAAGUUAACCAGUCCUACUCUUUAUUAUUCGGUGUUAUAAGACGUCUGUAUGAUAAAGAGAGGCUGACACUGAUGGGUUCACCUUUACAGCAAAGACAGUAAUCCAACUCCUCCAACAGAUGACUUUGUAAUGUGUCUUUCCUGAUGCUGAUUAGGUUCUAGAGCCCGGGGGGUUAAUCUGAUUUCAAUCUCGAUUAUGAUGAUGCCCCCCCAUUAUAAUAGAGAUAUGAUAAUCUAGACUGAAAGAUUAUUGCACCGCCUGCUGUGUUGCCCUAUAUAUUGAAUAAAGCGCACCCUCCUUCUCCCUCUUAACAGCAGAGCGUGGACGUGGCUCCUCCCCUCAAACAGCUCUCACUUUACCUUAAUCAGCAGCAGCUCAGAUCAACACCAGGAAGUUGGUGCUCCUGCUGAGAUUAAUGGAGGACCACUGUAUCUACAACAUGCCGUAAAACUUUUUAGACAGCUACUGGAGGAGAGAGGAGAGCAGGGAGAGGAGAAGAUAGAUAAACCUUUGUUGUAAUUAUCCUGAUAUCAGUAUUAACUGAAAAGAUUGUUAGAUGACAUAUUUAAGCGAAUGUAACUGCAAGACGGAGCCUUGCUGAGUCUUCGUUUCAACUUGUCUCCAAAGUGAGGACCUCAAACUAUUUAUUAUUAUUUUUUAAUUGUCCAAAUAAAUUUAAAAGACCAAAUAAAACCAGAGUUAUGAUAAAUUAUGUACACCUUACUUUUUCCUGAUUAUUUCGUCAUGUUCGGUGCAUUUUAAUGUAAAUAGUGGUCUAAGAGGUUACCCUGCUUGAUACCUGGCUAUGUGUUUGAGGAGAUAUGACUAGCAUCAACAGUAGAACGCUGACCGUUAAACCAACUUGGGCAUGGAGAUCCCCUCACUCAGUACAUUUACAUGACACUCGAGAAAAACAAAUUAUUGCCUUAUUCCCCCAGAACAAAAACACCAGAGAAGAGGAGUAUCAUGCAUCUCAUCUCAUACAUCAUUUAAGACAAAAACAAUGCUGUACGAUGCUCCAUCUUCUUGCUCGAAAAUGCCCAGCAGCAGUUGUAGACACUUCUGACGUCUGACACGGACCUGCUUUUGUUGUUGACAGUUGUAUGGGGUCGGAAACAGCGCCAGUGAAAAGACCCAUAUCGCCCCGUAGUUUUGGGGAGUAGGGCAGGGUUACGUCAAUAAUAAUUUUCUCAGCUGCAUGCGUAUGCGGACAAGUGGAGAAGUCCGAUUGGGCAAAACAACGAAUUAUGAGCUUAGUCCAAUUAAGCUGUGCAUGUAAACGCACUGACUGAUGUAUGUCAAAAGUGGACAGGUGAGGGUUUGUUCACCCUGAAAUUAGAGGACAAACUGAUUGUGGCGGUGUGCAGCGACCCUUAACUCGAUGAUACAGCUUAUUUUUUUUUAUUAUUUGGUACGUUGUGGAAACACAAAAAAUCUUUGCAACGUAGUCAACUCAGCGAUAUUUGAUAAAAACAGACUGAAACAUAGUAAAGGAAAACUCUAGAAGUGCUCUGAAUAAAGUGUUCUGCAUUCAGGCCCUUAUGUCUUUUGCUGUGUUUACACUUGGUUCCAACAAAACUGAGGCAUGUCUUUUUGAACAGCUAUGCUGAACUUCUUUGUUGCUUUUGACUAGGUAAACGCAGAUCCACAUAAACAGAUUCCUCUAAACUCGUCAUUAAUGUCAUUUUCUGCAGAUAGUCUUCUAAUAAUCUGUUCGCCAACAGAAGUUGUUUGAAACCGUUGCCUGUAGCAUAGUAGUCUGAUUCCUUUUUUGAUGAUGUUUUGAAUCUUAUUCGGUUUUGCUUUGAAAAACUUUCAGCAACAAGAGCAAAAAGUAAAUUAAAUAUUUAUGUUCAAUACAUAUUUAAUACCCUAGAGAUUUAAAGAUUUAAAACACUCAAAUUCAGGUUUGACUUUUUAAACUGGAAUCGCAGGACACCCAUAUGCUUUCUGUUGAUCUGAAGUUGGCAGCUAAACAAAUUUAAGUGAGAACAGUUGAUUAUUUUUAAACUGAGUUGCUGUUUGAGUUCGUUGGAGUAGACCAGUAGGAUUUCAGGGGUUAGUUUAGAGGUUAGCCCCUCUCUGUGUUUGACAAAUGCAAAUUCUGGACCUCCUGACUCCCACCUGCCCCGCAGAUACCCUGCCAUGUCGAGCCUCUGCCUCUUUCCCACCACGCACCAGGAGUGUCAGCGAGUGUCAUGCUUACUCACCGAGUCUCCCCAUAAUGUAUGCAUGUUGGAGAGCUCAUAAGAGAGGCAGGGGCUCGGAGGGGAGUGUGAGUGUUUCAUUGCGUAACAAUGCUGAGGUGAGAUAAAAUUAGCUCGCAGAAAUGACAGAGGUGGUUAUUUCUGUUUGUCUCUGUUGGGUUUCAUGAGCAAAUGUGGCCCUAAAAACUCCUGCGCUUACAUUUAAAGGGUGCUCAUCUUUCAAACGCUGCUUUUCUUUUCUUUUAAUUGAUGGCACUAACAUUGUUUGGAUAAUUUCAAUCAUGGAGGGAAAAGAAAUAUGAGAAGAUACACAUAUUUCAGGGGUUAAAUGGUUGCAUCCAUUGAUAUUUUUCCUUCUUCUAAACAGGUUAAAUGAAACACCUAACUGUUGUAAAAUCGCUGCAUGUCUUAUCACCUGUGUCAGAAUCUGUUUCCUUCAUUCAGAUUUUCAUGUUAUUCAGUCUCUCCAGAAGGUCAGAGAAAUGCCAAGUACCUGAUAAUUACCAGAUGCAGCAAUUUUCUCUCUAAUUCCCCAGUUCAGGUCAAGAGAAGCUCAUUUGAAUAAAAGUAACAAUCUACCGCUCAGAGACGGUGACCUUACCAAGUCCAGAAAACUGUAGAAAAAGAUGUAAUUAUCGGCCUUUUACCUAAUUUAAAGACUUAGAAGAUUAUUGAAACAGCUCUUACAAAACAGCAGAAACGUUUGGGUGUCUAAGAGGUACAAAAGAACCAAAUAAUAACCAAUGUGAUGAAGGACUGCAGGCUCACAGGGGUUCAAGCUAAUUUCUUAUAUCGUGAGAUGAACUUCGAGUCAACUCUGUCAAAAAUCCAGUCCAGUCCCUAAUCCAGUUAAAUAAAGUCUUGAUUCUGAAAGUGGAAGACUAAUGGGGCAUUCAAGUCACCUCGGAAGUCAGAAGUCCGAGCUGAAAAUGACGUCACACCCAAGUUAUGAGCGUUUUAGUUACCGAGUUGGAAAAAAGCAAAAUCGGAGGCGGAAACAAGAUGGCUACAUUCACAAAAGUUAUUUUGGCUCUUGCCUUAUAUUCGGACUAGGCAAGCGCUAGAAUAACUUUUGUAGAUGUAGCCAUCUUGUUUCACGAGAAAUAUUUUUUAACUUAAUAAAAAAUUUGAAAAAUCGGCUGAUUAGUCGGUAACCGGAUUCCCCCGCCCCAAUAAUCGGUAUCGGCAUUGGCUCCAAAAAAUCCAUAUCGGUUGGGCCCUAAUGUAUACAGUAUUUUAGAUUUUAGCUGAAACCAUAACAGAAGCUAACAGUGCUAACUUAAGCUCACAGUAACUCAGGCUAGUAAAGCAAUUUGAACUGUGGCUCAAAAGAGUAACUUUAACUAAGAACAGUAACUUAAGCUAACAAUGCUAACUGUGGCUAAAUAUCAGUAAAAUCAGCUAACAAAGCUAAGUGUUGCUAACGAUCCUGUCACCAAAAAACAGGAACUUUAGCUAGUCAAAGUAAAAUAAGUUAACAAAACUUAUCACAAUUACAAUGCCAACUGUAGCUAAUAUUAAAUGCAGCCUUCACCACUACCUUUAGCAUACAGCAGUAAAUUUAGCUAAUGCCUCUAACUGUAACAACAAUAACAUUUUUUUAAACAGUUAUUUUACAAUUAACUGAGUAGAUUUGUUUUUGUAUUUUUAGAUUCUAACUAACCAAUUUUAGCGUUUUAUUGCAGUUAACUUAAAUCAUCUGUAAGUAUGAGAAUCACGUCAUGUUUGAGGUUAAAACCUUAGACUGUAUAUAGAAUGGACAGAGUCUGCCUCCUCGCUGGGUGAAGCCACUCCGAGAACAGUACCCUCUGUUGAUGGGCUGCAGUAUAGGUCAUAAAUCCCACCUCCGCCAGCAAAGCUUAUAGGGCUGUGGACAAACUUUAGAAAUUUAUAACACAGAAGAUAAAUUUUUCUCCCCCCUGCUUGUGAUGUUGACAUGUAGUUAUUGUAAGACUGGUUUGUGCUCAAGUCCUCUUUUUUCUGUGAAGCUCUGUUUUUAAAAGUUAUUAGGGGGUUCAUGUUUUCUAUGAUUGACACCUGAUACAGCCUAUGGGCGUUCAGGGAUUGAGUAGCUCACCUGGAGGGUUAUGCUGUUUGAGCUGAGCAUCAUCACAGCGACUCUCUGCGACUGCACGGCCGAAUGUGCGCAUCACUACUGCGCAGCGCUGGAUUCAGGAAAUGAAGAAAAUUCCCGGAAAUAUCAAGAGCUUUUUGGCUUCAAAUCCAUAUACAGGCGGUAGGCGGAACCAAGUUUUCCGUAGUAUAUACAGUCUAUGGUUAAAACUGGAUCAAAAUGGUAAAUUGAAACCAAUUUUGUGUCGUACCAUGUCCUCCACCAUCUGGUCGACAGAUUUCUCAGCCAAAGAGCGUUAAAAUGUAAAUGGAAGUGUUAUGUAUUACAUUUACGGUGUGACUGCAGCUUGUCUUCUUGCCCCUGUGACCCGGAUUCAUCAGGUAUUCAGAUCAGGACGGUCUGAAAGCAGAGAGGAGUCUGGGACAGCUGCGAGGUCAGUCUGAUGCCCCUCUGAUGCUGACGAAGCUUAAAUGGCAGCUGACCCGUCUCCUCCUCUUGUCUCUUGUCUUUGUUUUCCAGGGGGGCCUUUUCGGUGGUGCGCCGCUGUGUCAAACUCUGCACAGGCCAAGAGUACGCCGCCAAAAUCAUCAACACCAAAAAGCUGUCGGCCAGAGGUGAGAAAAACAAGUGACAGAAGACUUUGAUAACAUGGAUGUAUGUGUUGUUUUUUUUCCAGUGGCGAAUACAAAGCAGUGAGGCAUCAUGGGGGUUUUCAUCAUUAUGUGCAUGAGUGUAUAUCCCAGCUCUGAAAGCCCACAUUAGCAUAUUUUAGCAAGUGUUUGAUUCCAGUGUGUGUGAAGCCCUCACGUCUGUUCCUGUGAGAGAGGCAGAUGAUGGUUACUGUCGGAUCCACAGCUUCUAAAGGGACAAAAAAAAUCAACAAUUUCCCCAGAAUACACCGUAAGCAAGAGGAUAAACACCGAUUCAUGCUCUUAAAUUCAGCAAACUGAAGAACUUUGUGCCAUUUUGGAAGUAAUUAGUCCUGUUUUAACAAUCUGUAAUGGUAUAGUUAGUUUGUGUAAACUUGUUGCAAUGGUGCAUCUAAAUUUUUGAAAGAUGCAGUCUGUUUUUCUGCAUGGCAACGAUGCAGGAGGACGCUUCAACGCUGUUGUUAGACCUUUUUUUUCUGGCUAAUGUUGCAAGUGUUUGAUCUGCCUCAACAAAACAAUGUACCACCGAUGCACCAUUAAUGCACCUUGCAGCACAGCUUUUUUUCAGGACCAACACUACCAUAUUGUAUUGAAAGAUACAAGUACAUUUUUGCUUAUAGAGUACAAGGAAAAGUGAUGACAAUAAAACCUGCAUCAAUCUAAAUCUAGCUAUGGUGGUUGUAAUGCGCAUUGCUGUGUUCAAGAUGUAAGAUAUUGCACCGUGUCUUGGUCUGUGUCAACCUCUUUCUUCAAAUUAUAAUAAUUAGCUCAUUUAAUACGGGAGAGAUAUUGCUCUGCGUGUUUUAUGUCAUAUACUAGACGCCAGGUUUUGUUGGCAAAUGCUGCGAUUCUUUAUUCUGCUUGAAGGUAGCAAUGUGCCACCGACGCGCCUGGCAACGCGUCAAAUUUAAGACCAAAUUUAAGACCAAAUUUAAGAUAUUGCACCGUGUCUUGUUCUGUGUUAGCCUAUUUUUUCAAAUCGCAAGAAUUAGCUCAUUCAAUAGCAGAGAGAUAUUGCUCUACGUGUUUUAUGUCAUAUACCAGACACCAGGUUUUGUCGGCUAAUGCUGCGAUUCCUUUUUCUGCUUGAAGGUAGCAAUGCGCCUCCGACAUGCAUGGCAACACAUCUUAAUUAAGACCAACAUUGCUGCACCUGGUUCAAUGCGCCACCACAGCUACAGACAAUGUUUUUUUUAAGAUAUAACCAUCGAUGGGUGCAGUUACAGGUGCAGAUAUGUAAACUUGCAAUGAAACUUGCAAUGCACUUUGUUGUGUUGCUGCUCUUGUUUGACAUCUCUAUCUUUUUCUCCUGGUGUACUGAAACUUUUCAAAUCUUGACAAUGCGCUCUACAGAAGGCAAGAAAAAGCAGGACAGUCUUGUUUUUUUUUGGCUUAUGAGCCAAGUGAUGUGCCACCAAUCUGCUGCAACACGCCUGUGGAUGCACUUUCCUUUUUUCUACUUUGACAACACAUAAAAACUGAAUUGAUCAGAAACCUUUCAUUUCCAUCUGUGAUAUUUCAUGUCUCUUUUAUAUCUUUCCCCUGAUAUGCUAACACUUUUAUUUGUUAAUAUCGCACCCAUAUCUAAGCAGGAAAAUAUUGCACCGCUAAUCUUGAACCAGGUUUUUGUUGUGUGAUGUGCGCUAGACUUGCAUAUAUAAAUACAUGUAUGUUUGCACAUGUUGAUCAAAUGGUCAGACUUUGUCAAAAAUCUGUUUCGCUCUGAGCCUUCCCUUUAAUAAUAAGCCUGUCAUAUAACAGGAAAUAUUGCACCAUUUAAUCUCGACCAGGUUAUUGUUGGCUAAUGUCCCAAUAGCAAUGCGCCGCCAACGCCCCUGACAAAGACAAAGCCUGACAACACCUUAUGAAAGAUCCGCCCACACCUGUUUAUCUUUCGGUGCCAAUAUGAGGCAGCAAAGUAGAGCAACACUGACUCUAGAUCUGUUAUUUUGUUGCCUUUAAUUGCUGCUUUUUCUACAGUAAUGCACCAACACUAUGAUUUAUAAAACAGCAACGCAUCUAUGAGCAAACUGACUGCUUGGAGCUCAUUCCUAAUUCAUGAAACAUGAAAUCAACAACUACCUCCAUCUGAAACCCGCCCCUCCUCCGACUGUUAGUUAUUUUACGUUUUGCCUUUUCUCUCCUGAUAUAAAAAUACUCGUCAGACAGUGAAAAAAAAAAAACGCUUCAAAAACCAUCUUGAAAUAGCAACAAUGGUGUAAUCAGAAAUUAGUUCAUGGUUGUGACUUUGCUUACAUCAGUCUCGCACAUUCUUCAUAAUGAGCUCAUCUCUGAUAUUUGAGCCUCUGAGUUUACCUCUGUCACAUCAGACGGCAAUCUUUGUUUUGACAUGACUGAGACAGAUGUGUGUUUGUGACCUGGAGGGUGGGAGUAAGUGCAGAUCUGUCAGUCGAAUAAAGACCAGAAGGCGACUUUUCUUCUCUCCUUUGUUUCUUUUCCUUUCUCCUCUCUCCUAACUCCCCUCUUCUUCUCUCCUUCCCUUGUAUUUCCUCUUGUAACAAGCCUCCUCAUUUCCUCUUCUCUUCCUCCUCCUCUGAUCCCUCCUUCCCUCGUUUCCUCUGCUGGAUGUGGAUUGAGGGGUUAAACGGGCAUCUGGGACAAAUGUUUCCCUCGGGCUGUCCUCACAGAUGUGUGUGCGGUAGCGUCGUGUUUGUGUGUCUCGUAUCUUCUUGGCGGUCACCUUGAAAACAUUCACUAUUUCAAACUUUGUGAACUGAACCGAUUUCUUUUGAUGCUUACAGAAAAAAAAAACAGUUUUCCUCUGUUAUUUGAGUCUGAGAUGUUGUUGUAAAGCUUCGGUUUGAUUAUGUUUUAGAUCAUCAGAAGCUGGAGAGAGAAGCCAGGAUCUGCAGAUUGCUCAAACAUCCAAACAUCGGUGAGACUCUCCUCUUGAGUUUUUAUAUUUCAUUGAAUAAAUUAACAAGUUUAGACUAAAAUAUGACCAUUUUGGAAACUAAAAAUGUAAGAUUCUUGAUUGUUAUUAGUCACAUGCCCUUAUAAACAUGGUAACUCUAAGACAAGGCCAUGCAAUGAACAAAAACACUCCAGUAUUAACUUUAAAGACAUAAAUAAUGCUGAAUACGUGCAAAAAUAUGAAAUGCAUGUGUGGAAAUAGUCUAACAUCUCCUUGUUUUACAGUGAAACAUUUUUAGUAACAGUUUGCAAUCAUAAACUCAAACAUCAUUUUCUGUCAUCUCUGUAGAUUUAAUCUUUUUUCUUGUUGGUCAUAUCCUUGUUAAAACCCUGUGGCUCCAAAUGACUCAAUGCUGAAAAUAGAUAAGAUAGCAAUUUGCCCAGAAAGCACAAAAAAGAUUUAAAAAAUGUGUUGCUUUUAAAAUCUAACUAACAAAUAUUUUUGUUGACAGAUGUCUGAUUUGGCUAAUUUAAAAGUAUUAAGAGAUUUAUGAUUUAGAUACCAUACUAGAUCAUCUGAUAGAAUAAGGAUGAUACAAUAGGCUAUGAUGAUACAAUAGGCUAUGAUGGUACUUCCUGGUACUUGUACUAUACCAUAAUGUAUAUUGUAUAUAGUUUUAUUUUUCUUCUCCCUUUCUCUGUUUUCUAAAAUUUUCUUAAUUAUAACAUUUAUUUAAGUUCUUAAUAUUACGAUCUUUAUUUUUAUAACAGCAUUUUUGCACUAUCUUUGUCUGUGAUGCUGCUGUGGCAAAAAAAAUUUCCCCUAUGAGAAAUUAAUAAAGGAAUAUUCUAUUCUAUUCUAUUCUAUGAUACAGGACAAUAUGGUUACAUGCGACAUACUAUUAUAAUAUGAUACAAUAGGUCAUAAACUACAUGAUGUGAAACUAUAAAAUAUGAUACAAUAGGAUACAAUUUGAUAUGAUAUGAUAUGUUGGUUAUGGCACAAUAUGAUAGGAAGGAUUUAAAAUGAUAUGAUUUGAUAGAUGAGAGGGAUAUGUCAUGAUACAAUACUAUAAACUUCAUUAUGAUAGUAUAUUUUGGAUGCUUUAUGAUAAAAGGAUUCAUUUUGGCAUAAUACAACAGGACAGGAGAGGAAAGGAAACUAUAUGAUACAAUAAAAGAUUUGAUGUAAUUAGCCGCAAUACAAUAGAAAAUAAAACCACAUUACAACAUGAUAUAGUAUGAUAUGAUAUGAUACAAUACAAUAAGAUACAAUAGGAUCAAAUAAAAUACAUAUGACAAUUUGUCAUAAAACUCCAAGAUGUAAUACGAUAUAAAAUGAUAUAAUAUGAUGUGAUAUGAGUGAAAUGAGAUGAGAUGAAAUAAAUGAUAUGAUAUGAGAUGAUAUGAUAUAAUUUGAUAUAAGAUGAUAUGAUAUGAUAUUAUACAGUAGGAUCAAAUAUGAUACAAUACAAUAUGGUUCCAUGCAACAUACUAUUACAACAUGAUACAAUUUGUCAUAAAACUUCAAGAUGUAAUACAAUAUGAUAUGACAUGAUAUGAUAUGAUAUGAUAUGAUAUGAUGAUAUGGUUCUGAAAUACACUUAUGGUGCAACUUAAGACACAUCAUCAGUGUUGGCACCUGGGUUCACUGGGUGUUUCGGGUCUUGCAACAGACACCCUCGCCCAGGGGACCCAGCCGGGGUGAUCAAGUCCCGGCUUGUGUCUUAAGAGCAUGUGUCCACGGAUCACCCCGCUUGAUCCACAGCCAUCUGGACGCCUUCUCUGCUGCGUCACAGAUGUUCUUAAUGGCUCGCCUGUUGUGCAGUCCCCCCAUUCCCAGCAUCUUGAGAGCCCUGAUGAGGGACUGGCCAGCGAAUCCUCUGCAUCCGACCUCGAUGGGGUUGCACCGGGUCCUCCAUCCCCUGCUUCGGCAUUCACUUGCCAGCUCCUCAUACUUGGCUUUCUUUCUCUCAAAGGCCUCCUCCAUCCUGUCUUCCCAGGGAACAGUCAACUCCAGCAGGACCACUUGCCUUGUUGUUUCAGACACCAGGACCAUGUCUGGCCUGAGCGUGGUCACUGCGAUGUUCUCCGGGAAUUUGAGCUGUCUCCCUAGGUCGACUUUCAGCUGCCAGUCAUGGGCUGUUGCCAGCAGCCCCCCUGCUUGCCUCCUGAGCUGCUGCGGCUUCUCCCCAGCCUUAACGAAGGCGAUGGUCUGCCUUGAUGGUUGUGUGUGUUUGCUGGUGGAGAUGCCUGUGUUGAUGGCCUCCGCAAUGACCCGUAGCACUUGGUCAUGGCGCCAGCGGUAGCGCCCCUCUCCCAGUGCUCUUGGGCAGCAGCUCAAGAUGUGUUCCAGUGAUCCUGCUCUUUGGCAGAGAGGGCACAGUGGGUUCUCAGCCAAGCCCCAGCGGUGGAGGUUGGAUGGGCUUGGGAGGACGUCGUAGACCGACUGAAUGAGGAACUUGAUCCGGUGAGGCUCAGAGCGCCAUAGCUCUGACCACGAGACCUUCCGGGCAGCUGCCUCCUCCCAACGGGUCCACGCCCCCUGCUGCCGCAUCCCCACUGUCUUGCUGCAGCGGGCUUCCUCCACCCCUGCUCGGACCUCCUCCUGGAUCAGCUGACGCCUUUCCUUCCCCUUGGCCUUGUUAUAUGAAGGUCUCGGGUUGCUCCCAAGUCCUGCCCGUCCGGAUGCCACCGUUCCCACCAGCUCACUGUGCCGCAAGCGGGACUCAGCCUGAUCGACUGCCUCUUGAGCACACCACUUCCUGCCGGUCCUCACUUCUACACCUGCCGAGGAGACUUUGAUGUCACUUGAGUCCCUAUACAGCAGCACCUCUCUUGCACGGGUAACCAUAAACUCCUCCGUCAGACUGCUGAAGGGUAGGUUAAGUUUGUUGCUCUUCCCGUACAAUGCGAUGCUGCUGAGGCUUCGUGGUAGCCCCAGCCACUUCCGCAAGAAAGAGCUGACCUUCCUCUCGAAGCACUCGACGGUGGUCACAGGCACAUUAUAAACCAGCAGUGGCCAGAGAAGUCGAGGUAGGAUGCCAUGUUGGUAAAUCCAGGCUUUGAACUUGCCUGGUAGCCCCGACUUAUCCACUGCCGUCAGCCAGGUUCCCAACUCCUCUGAUGUUGCUUGGAGUGCUGUGGUGUCCUUCAAGGUGCAGUCGUAGAUCUUGCCCAGGCUCUUAACUGGCUUUUCACCCACAGAUGGAAUCAGGGUAUCUCCUAUUGAGAAGCGAAACUUCUCUGUGACCUUCCCCUUUCUCACCACCAGGGACCUGGAUUUGGCUGGCUUGAAGUUCAUCCGGGCCCAGCUGACGAGAUGUUCCAGGCCUUGGAGGAUCCAUCUACAGCCCGGGACAGAUGUUGUAGUCACCGUCAGAUCAUCCAUAAAUGCUCUGAUGGGGGGCUGUCGCGUACCUGAGUUGGUGAGUGGUCCUCUGCACUCCACCUCUGCUGACUUCACCAGCAUAUUCAUGGCCAAGGAAAACAGUACCACAGAAAUGGUGCAUCCUGUGAUAAUGCCCUUCUCAAGCCGAUGGAAUGCAGAUGUUACUGUUCCGGAAGUGACUCUCAAACUGAAGCAGCUGUAGUAGUCCAGUAUGAGGUCCUUGAUCUUGCCUGGAACAUGGUGUCGGUCGAGCGAGAUUUCCACCAGCUUGUGUGGCAUGGACCCGUAGGCGUUGGCAAGGUCGAGCCAAAGGACUGCCAGAUCUCCUCUGCCUUCUCUUGCUUCCCGGAUCAGCUGGGUGACAACUCCUGUAUGCUCGAUGCAUCCUGGGACCUUUGGGACUCCUCCCUUCUGCACAGAGGUGUCGAUGUAAGUGUUCCUCAGGAGGAACUCCAUCAAGCGCCGGGCAACGAUGCUUAAGAAAAUCUUGCCCUCGACGCUGAGGAGUGAGAUGAUCCUGAAUUGCUCGAUGGUGGUUGAGCUCUCCUCCUUUGGAAUCCAGACCCCCUCUGCAUGUCUCCACUGCUGGGCCACCUUCCCCCUUCUCCAGAUGACCCGGAGGAUUGACCAUAGUCGCUUCAAGAGUCUGGGGCAUCUCUUGUAGACCACAUAUGGCACUCCACUGGGGCCUGGUGCUGACUUGGACCUAGCUGCCUUGACAACCUCCUCAACUUCUCUCAAAGUUGGUUCCUUGGUGUUAAAUGCCGAGGUGGGUUCUGGCGGAGUUAUCAGGGUUCUGCAUGGCCCAAGAUCUUCUUCUCUUGCACUAUCGCUGUAGGUGGUAUUAAGGUACUUGUUAACCUCGUCUUCAGUGCAGGCAAGGUGGCCACUUCUUUUCUGCCCGAGGAUUUUCUUGGUGAAGCCAAAGGGAUUUGAGAUGAAGGCUGCACGUCUCCUGGCCCUCUCUCUACCCCUUCUCCUAUGCCACUCUGCUCGACGGAGGAUGAUGAGCCUUUUCCUUAUUGUGCUGCGGAGCUCUGCCAGCCCGGCCUUCUCUUCCUCCCUUGCCACCUUAAACUGUCGUCCAAGCAGUUUAAGUUCCUGCCGCAGCUGGCUGAUCUUUACCUCCCGUCUGUUUGGCUCCCCUGGGCAUCUGGUUGGCUCCCCUGGGUGUCUGGUUGGCUGUUGUUCCUUUAUGCCGAACCUUUCAGCAACGAUGUUGAUGAUCAUCGCCGACAUUGACAGCAAUCUCUGGUCUGCAUCUCCCCUUGCAGUAGCGUCAAGGACUCGGUCCACGUCUUCAUCAAAUUGGAGCCACUCUCUUUCUUUGUUGGCUGCAGGCCACACGACCCGUCGAUGUUCUGAAUGCUUGAAACGAGGUAGGACUUGUGGGGCGUGGAGGGUCUGGGCACUGUGGGUUGACUCCUGGCCGGGCACCUCCUGCGUCUCACCAGGUUCUGGACCUGUGCGUUGCACCACCUGCUUCCCCGUCAAGCAUCUCAUUUUGGUCUGGUGGAUCUUCAGACCACGCGGGUUCUUGCAGACCUUGCCGCAUGGACAGACUGCGCUCGUAGUCAUUUUUCCGUUCCGCUUCGUUGCCUGUUUGUCAGUCCUGUUGGGGUGCUCAUCCUCCCCCCCUCUCGGGCACCCCUGGGGGUAUAUUUCGUCAGGGCUUUUCGUAGCGUGCUUGUGGGUGCUCCCUCACAGGAGCUGCAGUUUGGGUUGCUGGCCCUCCCUGCCCCGGUUACUGUCUUUCCAGUUGUCAGCUGACUCUCCAGCAGUCACCAUACUGUUCAUGGUCGUCAUCCGGCCUAUUCCCGGAGGUCACUGGCAUGGCCAGAUCAACUAGUUCUGAAAUACACUUAUGGUGCAACUUAAGACACAUCAUCAGUGUUGGCACCUGGGUUCACUGGGUGUUUCGGGUCUUGCAACAGACACCCUCGCCCAGGGGACCCAGCCGGGGUGAUCAAGUCCCGGCUUGUGUCUUAAGAGCAUGUGUCCACGGAUCACCCCGCUUGAUCCACAGCCAUCUGGACGCCUUCUCUGCUGCGUCACAGAUGUUCUUAAUGGCUCGCCUGUUGUGCAGUCCCCCCAUUCCCAGCAUCUUGAGAGCCCUGAUGAGGGACUGGCCAGCGAAUCCUCUGCAUCCGACCUCGAUGGGGUUGCACCGGGUCCUCCAUCCCCUGCUUCGGCAUUCACUUGCCAGCUCCUCAUACUUGGCUUUCUUUCUCUCAAAGGCCUCCUCCAUCCUGUCUUCCCAUGAUAUGUGAUAUGAAUGAAAUGAAAUGAUAUGAAUUGAAUGAUAUGAUAUGUUAUAGUAUGAUAUGAGAUGAUAUGAUAUGAUAACAUAUGAUAUGAUAUGAUAUUAUAUGACAUAAUAUGAUAUGACAUGAUAUGAUAUGAUACAAUAGGAUCAAGUAUGAUACAGUUCAAUAUGGUCCGAUGCAGCAUACUAUUUUAUGAUAAAAUUUGUCACAAAACUACAAGAUGUAAUACAAUAUGAUAUGAAAUGAUAUGAAUGAAAUGAGAUGAGAUGAAAUAAUUGAUAUGAUUUGAUACAGUUUAUUAUGGUUUCAUGCAACAUACUCUUAUGAUAAAACUUGUCAUAAAACUACAUGAUGUAAAACAACAUGAUAUGGUAAAUUAUAUAUAAUGAUAUGAUAUGAUACAAUACAACUUGAUACACUAGGAUCAGAUAUGAUUAAGUACAAUAUAAAACAAAAAAAACAUCUAAACUUUACGUUUAGAUAUGAAACAGUGCACUGAUGGUCCCCUUUAAACAAUUUGUUCUGGACUUAAAAACACAAAGAGUCAACAGGAAGACUUAAUAUGUUUGAGUUUAAAUAUAUUUAUCUGACUAAUUAGGCACAGUGUGUGUGUGUUUAAAGCUGUAGUUCAGUGAAUAGUCUCAUACAGCCCUUUUCCAGCCCUACAUUUGGAUUCACAGAGUUUGAUUGUUGUUUUCAAAUAACCAGCCAAAUCUGAUCUGAAGUGCAGUAUGUGUUAGUGCAGUUUCCAAAUGACAGUAGUGAAAACAUGUGACAAACAGCAGCAUAAUCAGACACUGCAGUGCUGCAGAGAUGUCCCAUCAUCCUGAUUUCUCUGGGUUUUUCUUUCAAUGUUGGAUCAGCUGAUUUGAUAUUUCUGAGGUUUGUUUAUUGGAAAAAAACAGACUGCACCAGAUUUAUCCUCUGGAAUGAAUUCAGAUUUGAAUCCGUAUCAUAUCACGGUUUUAUUCCUCUUUAUUUCUGUGUCUUUCUUUCUCCUCUUCUUCUUCAGUCCGUCUCCAUGACAGUAUCUCAGAGGAGGGCUUCCACUAUCUCCUCUUUGACCUGUGAGUUUCCGUCUUUCCUCCUCCCCUUCUCCUCCUUUCUCUUUCUCCGCCUUACUGUGCUGCUAUCCUUCCCUGAUGCUUCAUUUUCCACCACUCCCUUUCCUUCCUUCCUUCCUCCCUACUUCCAUCAUCCUUCUUUCCUAUCCUCGCUGCAUCUGUCUCCUCACUCUCUUUCCUCGUAUCUGCAUUCCUUUCAUCAUUCCUCCACUUCUCCUUCUUCUUCUCCUCCUCCUCUCCUCACCCCCUCCUCUCUCUUUCAAGGCAGUUCCCCCGUUACAUAACAGUCCCCCCCUCCUCCCCACCUCCACCCUUGCGGCUUCCACUUUGGCGCGCACACACACACACACACACACACACACACACACACACACACACACACACACACACACACACACACAUACACAGAUACAUCCACACUCCCCCGCACCGGAGCCAGUCUCCAUGGCAACCCAGUCGGAGUGAAUCCUGCAGCCGGGGUUUCCCCCUAAUGAGGACAUCCCCCUCCUGUCUUUGUGUGUGUGUGUGUGUGUGUGUGUGUGUGUGUGUGUGUGUGCUGCCUGUGCAAAUAAAGCUUUAUACUUUUGCGUUUCUCAGGGUGACAGGAGGGGAGCUGUUUGAGGACAUUGUGGCCAGAGAGUACUACAGCGAAGCAGAUGCCAGGUAAACAUGCGAUCAACCGUCUCUUCUUCUUCUUCUUCUUCUUCUUCUCCACCCCCUUUAUGUGUCCAUCCUCCAGCCUCUGCAGUCCUCCAGCAGCCCCGCACUCGUCCACCCCUCUCAUUAGCACACAUGGGCAGUUCUGACACAUUGAUGCUGUUUUUUUUGGGGGGGUGGGCUCCAGCUUUGAUGGAUAAUACCUCGAUGCAGUUUUCUGGUCAAGGUCAAGGAUGUUUUUUUUUUUCCCCAGAGUCAGAAUUCACAGACAGAUGGAAACACACACAAGCAUCACAAAACGCACACAUGCCCACGCUGUAACCCCCUCAGGAGGUAGACUUAAAUCAAUUUGACUGUGGAGGCGGUUUGUGGAGGCGAGAGAGAAGAGAGAGAGAGAGAGAAGAAAAGAAGGGGACUGAAAAAAGUAAGAGGGAAGGGAAAGAGGGAGAAUGAGUGAAAGCGAAUUUCAUCUCCAGCUGUUUUUUAAGCAUUCUUAAAUAUCUCUGCUGCUGCUGCUCCAACCUGUAGCCUUUCAUAACCGCACUUUUUCUUCAUAUCCAAGACUCUGAAUGAUCGUUUUUUAUAAAGUCUAGAGACUCUUUUGAGAAUAGAAUAGAAUAUUCCUUUAUUGAUCCCCCAUGGGGGAAUUUUUUUUGUCACAGCAGCAUCACAGACAAAGAUAAAGAUUGUUAUAUUAAGAACUUAAAUAAAUGUAAUAAUCGAGAAAAAAUUUAGGAAAAGGAAAAAGGGAGAAGAAAAAUAAAAGUAUAUACAAUAUACACGAUUUAAGUACCAGAAAAAAAAAGUGGUGGUGUGAGUCCAGUUUUAUUACAGUUCAUUGUAAAGUCUUAUUGCAGAAGGGAGGAAUGACCUGUGGUAUGACCCAUUUGUUAUUGAGAAGUCAGAGCAGUGGCUGUUUGACUUUAUAUAAAAGCACAUGGAGGUGAUAAUCUUAUUUAAGGAGGAACCAGACUUCUUGUUAGAGUCAUCAAAGUCAAAUUUGAGGGGAUGUAGGAGAGGUUAGAUACAGAGGGAUUUUAGGAGAAAUUGGCUUCAAACAGCCAACUAAGAAUGGAGGAAUAAUUGGAGUAACAAAUGAGAAAUAUCUCCAAACUCCUGGACCGCAAUAGUUAGUUCCCUCAUUUUACAUAUUGAUGCAUACACACUUGCUGCAAACGCAGAAUAACAUCGAACUGAGUGUGAUCAAGCUGUUUUACUUAGUAUCUGACGGGUACCUGACGCAAAGAUCGAUCAUUUCAUUCCUAAGCAGAACCUGAUGUUGUGCAGGUAUUCUAACCCCAUCACUGUACAGUUUAUCUUUAAUAUUAAGCUGAAUAUAGAGAUGUAGUCUGCAUAACCAAAAUAUAAAAGUCAGACAGUUCAUAACCAUACUACUGUCUGUCCACUUCAAACUGAACACAACAGAUCUGUUAAUCAUAAAGACACACAGUUUUUACGACAAAAGACGUCAUAUAACCUCCUCUGAUAGGGUCUGCACCUGUUUUUGUUUUUCAAUCUUAAAAGAACCACUUAGAUGAGCUUUUUUGACUUUGUCAGGAACCUCUAUUUCAACAAAAUAAAAAUAAAAAAAUUAAAUUGACUAAAUUAUGAAAUGCUCUUAUUAAAAUUAUGGCACUUGUCGUGUUAGGGUCACUGUUAACCCAGUUAGAUCAAUAUCUAAUAAUUAGUAGUGUUGUGUCGUUCAUGAAUGAUUUGUUCAAAAGAACUGAAUCUUUUAAGUGAACGUACUGAACUGGAUCUCUUCCUCGAAUGAUUAGUUCGUUUCUCACUUCAGUUAAGCUGUCAGCAGCGCAACUACCACAGCACAUAGCAUUGCCAGGCGAGUUAGGGACCACACGUGCUGAAGCCUGAACCACAAAGUGAACGAAUCACACAGUGAACUACACUCUCUGGAAUCAUUUUUGUCUGUGGGAUACACUUUCAUGGCGACUGUUGUUCCCCACUGUUUUAACAACAACAACUUGCGUACAGUAGGACACAGCAUGUAACAAGUACAGUAUAAAACCCGCAGUUUGAUAAUGCGUGACUCUCUGAUCCUAUUAUUGUGGCGAUUUGCGAGGGAACAGUGCAUGUUUAGUGUUAUUUCUUCAGUAAAUGUACUGUAGGGUAAAUGUUCAGUGAACGAAUCACUUAGUGAGGCCAAUUUACCGAGAAGAUAAAUCAUUGGACAGUACACUUAAAACAUCAUGGUUUAUAAACAAGUUUAUUUUUACAAACCUGGUAGUCAAAGCAACACAGCCAAACACUAAUGUCUUCCAGGCCCAGAAGCUGUGAACAGAACUGAAACCUCAAACGUUCAGUUGUGUAUUAGUGCUGAAUGAUUUGGUGAUUUAGUGAACAAAUCUUUUGAACAAAUCUUGUCUGUGAAUGGAGUCUAGUGAUUCAGUACAUCUAAAAAAACUGCUGUGCCCAUCACCAAUAAUUAGAGCAUAAACUAAAAUCAUCACACUGACAGUCAGAUCCUCUUCCAAUCAUGAGAUUAAGGAAAUUCUAAUUUUUCCCUGCACAUGAAACAACGUCAGCCAUGUCCAGACAUGUGAGAUCAAUUCAGUAUAGAUGUCUGUGUGAGGGGUAUACUGACAAAGAAAGGCCCAGAAGACCACGGCAAAAAAUAUUCCAAACAAUAGUUUUAUGGAUAAUGUAGUCGAACAAGGUAACCUAGAGAUUAGAACCAAAUUGGAUGAUAGAGAAUUGUUUUUAGUGUAAUUUACAGCUUUACAUGGUGGGUGCGUAGUAAAAGCUAACACAAGAGGAAGGUUAAAUGUGUUUUUGGAUAAAACAGUAUCUGGACAUGAAUCAGCUUGACCAAAACGGACUUUAUUGACAGAAACCAUCUUUAGGAAACAUUUUUAUAAGCUGUGUUUUGAUUUUUAAAUUCGACCCAUGUCCCAUCUGUUAUCAUGGAGGGAGCCGGCUUUAAGACCUGUAUUUAAUGCUGCGUUCGAAUUACCUCAGAAGUCAGAUGUCGGAGCUGAAAAUGACGUCACUCGAGUUCCCAGCGUUUCAGUUACCAAGUCGGGAAGAAGCAAAAGUGGAGGCCUGAAACAAAAUGGCUACAUUGACGGAAGUUAUUUUAGCGCUUUCGUCAAGCACUAAAAUAACUUUCUUGAUGUAGCCAUCUUAUUUCAGGUCUCUUAACUUUGUUUCUUUCCGACUUGGUAAGUGAGACACUGGGAACUUGGGUGUGAUGUCAUUUUCAGCUCCGACAUCUGACUUCCACGGUAACUCGAAUGCAGCAUUAGUCAGACAACAGGGGGAGCUCUACAUCUUUAAGAGAGCUUUUUUGCACUGUCUAGGAUUUAAAUAGAGCACAAAAGAAACCAGAUGUGUCGUGAAUUUUAACCAGGACUGCUGUUUGCAUUCACUCCGGUGCUUCCAGUGUGAAUUCCCCGUCUGUAUUUGGGUCACAUAUACAGUCAUAAUGGCCACACAUAAGAGCCUUGGUAAUUAUCCCACUGUGCUGAGUAGGCCUGUGUUUUUUCCUCUGUAUUCUGCUGCUUUACUUCCAUGUUAUUUUCUUUUCUAGCCUCUCAUCUGCCUCCAUUCUCUCUUGUUCUCUUUGCAUAAAUUAUUGGUGUGUGCGAGUGUGAGUGUGUGUGCGUGUCACUCGGUGUGUUUGCGUGUGGGUGUGUGAUUAGCAUGGCUUGAUUACUGUCCAACAGUAUCUCACUGACAGUUUCCUCUCUGUUCUCCAUCUGCACACAGAUUCACUCGCUCCCUUCCUCCCUCCUCUAUCGCUGCCACUUUAAAGGGCAGGUUCACCCAAAUACUGCAGAAACAUAUUUUCCUGUCAAACCAGUCGUGGUUUCCAGCCAUGGGAGGGGUUUUUUUUUUUUUUACAUCUAGGUUUUUAAAUCUGUAUCUCUCAGAUUUCUGCUUCUGCCCAAAUAGAAUGGAAAUAAAUGGUAUUUGGUGCUUACAACCUUAAAUAAUUACCUGACACUUGUGCAAAUGUGGGAUUUUUUUGUUUAGUAACAACAAGCCGAUCUAUUAAUCAAUACGUGAAAUGUUUGUCUACAUUUUCAGCAACAUACAUGCCUGUGUGUAUAGACUUAAAGGUGGGGUAGUCAGGAUGUAAGGAAGUUCCAGUUUUUAGGAGAAAUCUUAAAAGUAAACUCUAUCCCUCCCAACCAGUUUUCCCCUCAGCUCCUCCUCUCCCCUCCAGCAAGGCCCGCCUACAAACAGACGCUCCUGCUCGCUCGUAUUGUUCCAAUUAAAUUCAGAUAUAAUGUAGAUAAAUACUUCAGAUAGUUACAAAUGGGGCCCAGUCAACGUGAAAAUAAAAAGCAUUGGUGCUACUGUAGAUGCCAACAGACUACCAGCAAACACAAUGUUUGCAGAACUUCUACAACCAGGAUAAAGUGACAUAGUCCAGGACCUGAGGUCAACAGUUUAGUGGCGCUACAACAUGCAGCAGGUCCUAUUUGACAAGAAACACUUCUGUUACAGACACUUGGCUUACUUUGUUAAAGCGGUUUACCUGUCCAGCAGAAAGGUUACAGGGUCACGAAGAUCCCGAAGCGUCCCCCAUCAUUGUUGACCCGGCUUCUUAGCUCUUGUCCGGUCUACCUCCUUUUUAAGCGCCCGUUAUUCCACCAGAGUCUCCGGUAUUUACUUUGUUUUCUUGCUUGUGUUGGCAGUCAUGGCCAAAGAAGGAUUCAGACAAUUUUCCGUACUUCCUGGUUGGUUUCUACUGUCCGAUGUUGUAGCACGCUAACUUAGUGUGGGCUUGCGCACGUUAUUGAAGGACGUGGAGCGUGACUCACAACAUGAGGGAGCAGCGUCUGCCUCACAACCAAUCAGAUUAGGGGAGGCAGAGAAUGGUUUACAGUCAGAAAGAGCGGGCCGCUCAAAAAAUGUAAAAUGUUGAUUACACAGACAAAAGAGAACACAGCAAUAUCAUUAUAUUACCAAAUGUCAUCAAUAACUAAUAACUAUUGGCUGAUAUUAAAAGUUUUUUGGUAUAUUCACCACAAAAAAGAUGCUUCUUUAACGGAAUCCUGCCUACCCCACCUUUAAUAUUUGCAAAAUUUGAAUUAUUUUCUGUUUUCAUAUGGGGUUUUGGUCGUGUGUUGUUUGUUUUGGGGGCUGAGGUCCAUGAUGAAGUUGGGUAUCAAUGGGUGCGUGGCCAUAGACCGAGUAAAUUAUAUCACAAAUCUAGACAUGGGGUCACUUUUAGCUCCAAAAACCAAAAUGACAACCCCCAAUAUGCGUAAAAUGUUAGUUAAGAACAAGCCAUCAGAGCUUGUCUUGGUGGUCUCAUUUAGAAACACAGCAAAUGCAAAUAGAGCUAACUAGCUAGCACAGCAAAGUGAGAUGGUUAGCAUAAGCCUGCUAAAUUUAAAGCUAGCGUUGUCACUGUAAGUGUGUUGAUAUCAAGCUGCCACCUUAAAAACUAAAAAUGAGGCUGAUGCGAAAGAAAAAAAAAAAUUAGAAGACAACCUGCAGUUCCUUGAGUGUCCACUAGAGGCUGUCUCUCAAAACCAACCCUUCCAUUAAAUUCCAUGUUAAAAUUUCUGCAUUUUCAGAGGAUAAAUACAUGUUUUUCAUUUGAUGGACAGCACUCCACACAGAAACAGGAAAAGUUAGGGAAUUGUGCCGCCUUCGUUAAAAAAGUCUGGACUGGGAACGAUGAGUCAGUGUCACUCACCAACUUGCAAAGAUAAUAAAAGGGCAGAUAUUUGGGAACGUCACACUCUGCAGCUGUGUGUCGUUUAAUAACACAAAGAACCAUGGCAGCAGGAUCGAUAUAAAAAAGUCACAGUUAUAAAUCUGGUCGGGUUUCAGCGCCACAGACAGUGCCCAGGGUUUCUAAAUGCAGAGCAGAGUGCAGCUGCAGAUAUUUCAGAGCCACAUUUAGGGCCACAGACCUCGGCCAGAUAACGGAUCAAUGAGCGGGCUGCAUUAACGAAUCCAACUCUACAACCUCCCUGCCCCUGCACGCUCCCCUCGCCCUGCGCUCUGGGCUGAAAACAGCAGGGGGGAUUUCAGGUUAACAAACAGAUGCAUUUCAGUCGAUUCUUUUAAAAAAUAGCUCUCAGAAAUCUAAAACAGGGCGGAGGAUGAAAACAGAGUAUAAAUAUGUUUUUUGAUAUUUUGGUGAACUGACCAUAUGACCUUUCCUCUUUCUCUUGUCCUGAAGCGACCGACCUCUUCCUCUCACAUGUCCCUUUUACUCCUCUGUAUUACUGUUUUACACCCUGUUGUUUUGUCUCCACAGUCACUGUAUCCAUCAGAUUCUAGACAGUGUGUCUUACACCCACCAACAUGACAUAGUGCACAGGGACCUGAAGGUGUGUGUGUGUGUGUCUCAUUGUGUUGCAUUUUCCCUGCACCCCUCUGUAACAAGGGUUGCUUGUUCUUUUCCUGCCUGUGAUUUUAAACGACUUGCCUGUGCCUGCUGUCUGUUUGUCCGUCCGUCCGUCCGUCCGUCCGUCCGUCUGUCUGUCUGUCUGUCUGUCUGUCUCUUAUUUGUCUGCUAGUCCUCAGGUUUUUGCUUUUUGGGACUCUUGUUGCACUAUUUUGGACAGCCUGAACUAGAUUUCUCCUUGCAGAAUAAGCACCGUACUCUUGAGAGAGAGAGCGAGGAGGAGUGUGUAUGUGAGAAUGAAAGCGAAGAAGAGUGUAGUUCAGUGGAGUAACAGCAGAGCGUCGUGCUUGGAAACUGCUAAAAUGUUUGGUUGGAUGAAUAAAUUAGAGUGGAGACUGUGCAGGUUAGACACAGUGCCGCCCACAUGGAGCUGCAGCUCACUCCCACACUGCCUGACUAACGUUUGGCUCCUUCCUGCCAGCAGAAAAUAGCUCAGUGCACACCUUCUCCCUGCGUAGUUCACAGACAGGUUCACUCUCACACUCGACAAAUCAUCCCUCUAUUGAAAACGUGUGUGUGUGUGUGUGUGUGUGUGUGUGUGUGUGUGUGUGUGUGUGUGUGUGUGUGUGUGUGUGUGUGUGUGAGUGAGUGAGUGAGUGAGUGAGUGAGUGAGUGUGCAGCCUGUAUUGAGAUGUUGCUGCCUCUGCAUGGAUGUGACAGUUGGGGGGCUGAAUGUGCUCAGACUAACCUGCUCCCCCUGCUGUUUGCGUGCAGUCAUUGCAUCCAGCAGAUCCUGGAGGCCGUGCUCCACUGCCAUCAGAUGGGGGUGGUACACAGAGACCUCAAGGUGAGUCACCUGCAGGGGUGUGUGUGUCUGUGUGUGCGUGUGUGUGUGUGUCGGGUGAAAUUUGAAGUUGUGUGUGUUGUCUGCGUCUACCUGUUGCGAUUGAUCCUGGUAAGUAGGAGCAGAGCAUUUUCACAGCCAGCAUGUCGGUGCAUGCCUGCAGGCCUGAUCUUCAAACGUGCAUGGGUGUGUGCCUUCUUGAGCUUUACAUUCUGCACUUUUUUGCAUUAAAUUCUGCAUUUGAGUUUAGCUGCUGCAUUUGUUUUAUCACCAGUGAUGUUUUAAGAUUAACUUAAAGUGAAAGAGAAAGUCGAGAACAGCUGAAAAAUGUUGUAUCAGCUGAUCGAAAGAGGUUUAAACUCUUAGUUUGCUGCAGUUUUAAGUCAAAGUGUGCUCCUGGAUAUGUCACAUGAGGUUUGAUCAAGGAUACCUGCACACAUAAAAACCUAAAUGACUGGGCCCUCAAACUUUAAAAAAUCAAAAAUCAAACAAAGGCCAUGUACACACGUAGCUGGGUAUUUGCUAAAACGAAUAUAUUUUUGUACAAUUCGGCCUGUCAACCACACAAAACUGCAGGAUUAUGUCAUUACAAAUUGUGCUUUUGGAAAACUCAAACUUUUGCAUUUGCGUGUGGACUUAUGCUGGGUUUGAGUAACCUCGGAAGUCAGAUGUUCCCUGCGUUUCAGUCACCAAGUCGGAAAAAAGCAAAAUGGGGGGCAGAAACAAGAUGGCUACAUCUGUGAAAGUUAUUUGCGCCCUUGUUCAGGCAGUGUACGGCACAGAUACAUACAAAAUAUAUAUUUUUGUGAGUAGCAAAGGAGAAGAGGUGUUUUGCAGUUGGUUAUUCUUCAUCAAAUAACCCUUCCUCUACCUUUCUUGUGUCUUGUUGACUUUAUACUCCUAAAUGAUGCUUAAAAGCUAUUCUUCCUCUUUUUUGGUCCACACAAACAAACUACACAGUGCUGUAGUUCAUGUUUGGAGAAGUGACGACGAGAAAGGGAAGUAAAAUAAAUACCCGGCCACGUAUGUACAUGUUUGAAACCUGCCUAUGACUCAAUUAGGUUGUAAAGAUUACAAAAUUUGGACACUUUAGUUGAUCUAAAGUAAAACACAGUAAAGCUGGAUUUUAGGGAGACUUUCAAAGACAUUUUGAACUGUCAAAAAAUGUAAUAAAAAACUAAGCCCAGUAGCUUCCAGUUAACAAAACAAAGAAGAACCAGUUUUUGAUGUUAUCCCAAAGAUCACGCAUUGAAGGAUAUUUCACAGCAACUAACUUUCUUGUUGUUUAAAAGAAAAUAUAAAAACCGGUUUAAGGUUGGGAACAGUUUAUUUCACACCAGGUCAGAGUCUGCAGGUUAAUGAAGCCAAAUGAUUUUGCAGAGUGUGGCUAACAGUAGCAGACGAGGACCACCAGUCCUUUUAGUUUUAUCUGGAUCCAGUUUAGAUCCAGAUAAAGCAGGUUACACAUAACUUCUGCUGAGUGGAUGUAAGAGAGUCUCUUUAGAUGCUGAUUUGUGCGUACUACAUUUGAGAUGGACUGAGGCAAAGUGAAUCUGUCCUGUGGUCUGACAAAAUCAAUAUUUGACUUUCAAAUCAUGGGCGAGGACAGAGACCACCCGGCUUGUUCUCAGCUCUUAGUCCAAAUCCAGCAUCUCUGAAGGGGAUGGGGACAUGUCCUCCUUUUGGGGACUGUCUGGCCUAUCUGGGGGAGUUUAUAAAAUCCUUCAAAUGUCCGGGGUUUUGUUUGGAAGUUUUGAGUUUGUGUAGCAUGGACUAUCUGAGUUACCACCAGUUUUGACCGCAUCUGGAUCCGUCGGUGAGGCGAAUUUUGUAGCGGACAGCGGUAAUCGCGAGAACUCACAAGAACCCACGGAUUCACAUGCAAUCGCGUGAUAACGAGUUGUCUUUAGCCACUGAGGCUAACCAUAUAAGCAGUAGAUUGUGUCCUUCCAGAGGAGGAAAUCUACUUCUAGACUUCUAGAAUCAGAAUCUCCUCAUCAAUGGUGUCAUUGGGGUGAAAUGACAUCUAAAAACUUUUCACUUGUUCGUCUCCGCCCAUUUGCAUGGUGUGAAAUACGAUCCACCUGAAACAUGGAGCGUGUUAUUUUGAAAAGAAGCUGGAUGUUUUAUUUUGUGUCUGUGCCCAACUUCCUUUCCAGGGUUAAUCUGUGCUGAAUUUAUCUGGCAUGCUCCAGCGUCCGUAAAAAAUAGAACUUUUGCGAUCAGCUGCGGAGUCUGGCGAUCCAUAGCGGAACGUAAAGAAGCCGGUGGAAAUUGACACAUUAACUUGAAUGGUUAUGAUCAGCUACUACCGGGGAUACGGCCUUUUCAUAGCCGUUCCGGAUGCGGUGGAAAUUGGGGGUUAGAAGUGCAUAAAAAACACUCGACCCAAAAAAACCCUCAAAAUUUUGACUCCGACCUGUGUAGUGGUGUCCUCUUUUUUUGGAUUUAGAAAAUGGUCGCCCUAGACAAGGACCAAAACAAAGACUGGAUGGUCCAGAUCUUCAAGGCAUUCAAAACAGAGAGGACUAGAGUGGAAAUCACUGCAUGGAAAGGACAACUGGACUUACAUACGUCGUUUCGACUUAUAUGAGACGUUUCGCCUAAGUCCAGUUGUCCUUGCAACGAAGAUCUGGAAAUUAUAGAUGCUGCCUCCUCAGUUUUAAACAGCAUCUUCAGGUUUAGGAGCAACAUCUCCUGACAUCCAGACAAUGAGUUUUUCAAGCAAGACCUUCAUAUGAUCCCUAACCACAUUCUGACAACAGCAUGGCUCUGUAGGAGAAGAGUCCUGAUGCUUUCCUGACUUUGAAAACAUUCGGAGCCUCGUUUUCAAAACCUCCAAAUGUUUACCGAGUUUUGUUGGAAGAAGAGGUGACAGCACCGAAACAAUAAUGUGAGUCCUAUUUCCUCAGUUUAAUAUUCAUAGCAUGUGUAUAUUUUAAUGAAGCGCGCUCCUUCUCCGUGUCGGUGUCUUUUCCGCUGGUGUUAUUGGUAUUAUUGCAGAAGGACUCUUCAGGGAGCUCUAAAAUUGCUUUACCUUACAGAAGUAUAUUAAAGAGUUUCACAAUCGGAGGAGGGAGUAGAAAAGGGUUUUGAUGAUUUCCCCUGUGGAGGUUAAUAAAGUUACUACAAAAGAAGAAGAUGCUCAGCAGUAGAUGUUGUUUUCUCAUUAGUAUAUGAGCAAAAACAUAUAGGACCAAAUCUGUCCAACCAGCUCCAAUUAAAGCUUCGAUAUAUGAUUUGGAAGUUGCUAAUUUUUUAGUUUUUUUUAAGAGCAAAAUAAGUUAAAAAUCUUAUGUUCCUGUCACUCCCUCUGACUGCAGAUUCAGCGUUAAAAAAACAACCUGACCUUUGUUUCAAGGAGGCAAAAUGUCAACAAGCUAGCUCCUCUCAAAAAUCGGCUAAUUUGUGACUUGCUUUUUUAAAAAACCUCUUAAAAAUUAAAUUGAUGAUGCUCCAGGUAGAGAUUUCUCAAUAACAUUAGAGAGGACUGGAUUGGUUAAAAGUUCAGGAGCAAUUCUUAAAUUUUUAUCUAUUUUUUCCAUUUUUUUUCACAAAACUGAUUUUUUUUUAUCUAAUAGAAACAACUUAUUUCCUCAAAUUAUGACUUUUAUUCCAAAUUUUCAACUUUUUAUUAAUUAACUUAUUUUUUUAAGUCAUUAAAACAGCUAAUUUUUCUCAACAUUUUGACUUUCGUAUAAUUUUUCCAACUUUUUGUCCUAUCACUUGAUUAUUUAUCUAAUAGAAACAACUGAUUUCCUCAAAAUUUUGAACUUAAUUUCAAUUUUUCAUUAUUUAUUACUUCACUUAUUUUUUUAAGUCAUAAAACCAGCUAAUUUUUCUCAAUUUUUUUACUUUUGUCAGAUUUUUACAUCUUUUUGUCCCAUCACUUAAAAUUUUUGUUUUAGGAACAGUUGAUUUUCAGAAAAUUGAACUCCUUAUCUAGUUUUUCCACCUUUUUAUCACAUAACUUAGAUUUUCUUUAUCUCCUGGAAACAACUUAUCCUCUCAAAACUUUGACUUUUAUUCCAAAUUUUCAACUUUUUAUUACAAAACUCUGUUUUUUAUAUCAUAAAAAUAGCUCCUUUUAUCAACAUUUUGACUUUUGGCAGGUUUUUACAACCUUUUGUCCCAUCACUUUGAUUCUUUUGUCAUAGAAACAGCUGAUUUUGACAAAAGAAUAACUUACCGUUUUUUUUCCACCAUUUUAUAUAACAUAACUAUGACUUUAUUUAAUCUCAUAGAAACAACUUACUUCCUUUUUUGCUAUAAAAAACAGCUCCUUUUUUCAACACAUUGACUUUUGUCUGAUUUUGACAACUUUUUGUCCCAUCACUUUGAAUUUUUUGUGUCUUAUUUUGAAGACAUAACUUUCUAACUUUCACAAAAAAUGACUUAAACUCAUUUACCACCUAUAAUUGUGGUGUAAUUAUCUCAUAAUCAAGACUUUUAAUUAUUCUUGUAUUUCUAUCUCAUAGUUUGGACCCAUUUCACUCUUGCAUAGUUGAAUAUUUUUUAAUAACAGUCACAUUAUUGUUACAGUUUUCAGGGGAGAAAAUAUUGAUUGGGGCUUCAUUAAAUUUCCCAGUUACCCACUUAAAUCACAGUCUGUGGGUUUUAAAAAAGUUGUCCACAUCACUGAUCUGGAGCCUGUUUUUCCUUCCAGUCGUUUGAACGGUCGUGAAAAAGUGUCCUAAAGUUUGACAGAUGUGAGGCAGGGUCCUGAUUAAAGCCUGAAAUAAUGUCCGUAAGGUGUGUGUCAUUACCCUACAGCUGAUCGUCUCCCUGUGUGACAUGGUUUUAAUUGGUUUUGUCCCUCUGAUCAUCAGUCAGCUGUCCUAUAAUUAAGUUUUUGGAGCAGCCAGCAGAGGGUGACAUGACGACUGUCCUGCAGCUGCACCACAGCAGCUGUUUCUGUGCUGGAAUGACUUUUGGUUAUUAGCACAAAUCAAUCACCAUCAGGGUUAGCUGCUUAUACAACGGGGAGCUGAUGUCAGUGUGUGUGUGUGUGUGUGUGUGUGUGUGUGUGUGUGUGUGUGUGUGUGUGUGUUAUGUGUGUGUGUGUGUGGGUUUGUCAGAUUGCUGUUACAUCAGCGUCUGAGCAGGAGAGACACGACUGAUACAAAAAGACAAGCUGUGUUUGGGCUUCCUCAAGCAAACAAAUGGCCAAAAAGGCCCGUGCACAUUUUAAAAAUCCCAUCCGUCUGUCUCUGCCUGCGAGUGUGCGUGUGUGUGCAACAGAAUAUGUAUGAGUGUUUGUGCAUCCAGGGCUAUUCUUAGUGCUCUGAUCUGGGUUUAACUGGUUUUAUCCCAGCGCUCUGUCACACUUUCUUCCCUUUUUUCUUUCUUAAAAAGAAGUAAUCUGUUUCCCCCAAUGUGAGGACAGGCCAAAAGCGCAGCUGAGGAUAACCCAGGUCCUGACUAAAAACCUGGUGGACUUUUCUCAUGAGACUUAAAGUAACAGCAAAGACACACAGUUACUGCAAACACACAUAUAAAGAUACUGACUCCAGAGAGACACAUCAAGACUUCACAGAGCGAGAUAUGGUGAUGAAAAUAUGCAAUAUAACCACAAAGAGGCACAAAAAUAACUAAUUAAUGCUAAAUUACAUUUAACGGUUAAAAAGAUUUUUAAAAUAUGAUGAAAAAGAGAUGCAGCAUCAUUAAAAAGAGACAAAAAAAUAAGGACUUAAUGGACUUAAUGUACAGCGGCCCCGAAGGUCAACUGCACAAGCAUUUCAUGACUGCAAAAAGAUUUUUAAAAGAGGCUAAAACAUUUUUAUUAAAAGCAGAAAUAUUUCACAUACUGUGAUCAGAUCUUAUGAAGCACAAAAUUAGUCUUAUAACUGCAAAAUAUUUCAGAAAGAAAACGAAAGCAAAUAAAAUCAAAACACAUCCUGAGUACAAGAAAAUACGAGUGUGAAAAGAAUCAGAAAUAGACAUAAAACAACUUAAGAGAGCAUAAAAUUAGCCCAAAAGAUAAUUUUUUAUUUCAUUUUAGUCAAAUUUUGAAAAAUAAUUUUACAAAAAAAGAUAAAAUAUGGUCCUAGAUAGACACGAAGACGGAAAAGAUGUAAAAAAACAAUCACAAAAAUGAACAAAAGGGGCAAAAUGACGUAUUAGAGAAUACUCUAAUAAUCUACUAAGAUGUGCUGAAAACUCUUACACAGAUGCAAAAUGACUCAAAAAGUGCACAGCUGUUGGCCGCCUUUAUUUACAGAUGACGACAUUUAGUCAAACUUUUAAAAGCCGAACUUCAGUAAAAAAAAAAAAUAUAUAUAUCAAGUUUUUAAGUAAAAUCGAAGAAUGUUCAGUCUUUUUUGAGGUUAUCAUUACUCAAGUGUCAGGUGACUUUUACUGACGCUCCUCUGUUUCGGUGUUCCUCUCAAACUUGCAGCCGGAGAAUCUGCUGCUGGCCAGCAAGUGUAAGAACGCCGCCGUCAAACUGGCCGACUUCGGACUGGCGAUCGAGGUCCAGGGAGACCAGCAGGCCUGGUUUGGUAUGAUCACACACACUUUGUACUUUUCCACAUGAGGACAGGUGGACUUUGGUGAAGGAUUUAUGAUGACAGUAUCAGAUCUAAAAAUAGGACAACUUCCUGUAAAAUUCACUUCACAUUGUCAGAUCGACAGUUUUACGAUAAAAUUUUAAACUCGCAAUUUUUUUAUCCCUGAGAGAUCAGAGUAAAGAUUGAAUCUCUCAAAAACAAACGAAAAUAAAAACAAAGUUAGUCUGCGAUGAUUUAUGUAUUAGUUAUGAAGAUGUAGUUUUAAAUCUGUUAGCUGACUCUGCCAAUAGAAGGCAGCCAUCUUUGUUAUGGUCUGUCAACCAAUCAGAGGACAGGAUUCCCUCAGCUGAGCAGUGACUGUGAUACAACAUGGAAUAAGUUCGUCUCUGAUUCAACUUAGAAUAUCCGGAAUUUCUAUUUAAGUCCAAAAUUAUUUAAGUAAAGACAUCGUCCAGUCGUCACCACCCUCCUCCUACUCCUCUACCUCAUCUUUCUCCUGCACCUCUUCUUCCUCCUCUCUUCUUCUUCCUUCUUCUCGUUUUCUUUGUCUUCCUCUACCUCAUCUUCUUGCUCUCCAUCCUUCUCCACCUCUUCCUCCUCCUUUUUCUCUCCCUCCUCUUCCUCCUCCUGCUCGUCUUUCUCCUCCUUCUCUUCCUCUUUGUCUUCCUCUUCCUCCUUCUUUUCCUCUCCCUCCCCCUCCUUCCUCCUCUCCCUCCUCUUCCUCCUCCUCCUCUGUCUCCUCCUCUUCCUCCUUCUGCUCAUCUUUCCUUUACCCCUCUUCUUCCUCCUCUAUUCCUCUUCCUCCUUCUCUUCCUCUUUGUCUUCCCCCUUCUCCUUCCUCACCCUUUUCCUCCUCCUCCUCUUCCUCCAGCUCUUCUUCCUCGUCCUCCUCCUUUUACUCUUCCUCCUUUUCCUCUUCCUCCUCUUCCUUCUCUUCCCCACCCCUCACCCGACCCCUUCUCCUCUUCCUCCUUCUCUUCCUCUUUGUCUUCCUCUUUCUCUCCCUCCUCUUCUUCCUCCUCUUCCUCCUUUUCUUCUCUUCCUCUGCCUUUGUCUCCCCCUCUUACUUCUCCUCCUUUUCAUUGUCUCCUUCUCCUCCUCUUUCUCCCCCUGUCCCUCUGUCUCCUCUUCCUCCUCCUCCUCUUCCUCCUUUUCUUCCUCCUGACAGCUGUUAUGUGCAGCAAAGUUGUCGGUCUGGUCUCUCAAACGUUGAAGGAUCAGACUCUGAUCAGACUUAUUUCAGAUUCUUCGUCCAUGCUGUUGUUUCCUGUCUCUCAUCAGUGAGUCUGUAGCUCUGGAGACACUAGAACUCAUCUCUGUGUUAUCUUGCUAAGUUUCAGACUUUUGUCACCACAUUCCUGUUUUUCAGACCUUCUCUUUUUCAAGUUAUCAUAUCUGAAACAUUAUUAUUUUUAAUCUGACAGACUACAUAAAACUUCACAAAAACACAAAUGCACUUUUUUCUGGUUAAUUUGACGUGUAGCCAAACUGCAGAGCUGAAAUCUAAGAUGCUGCAGCAGCAGGUAAAAGCUCCACUUCACAUCAUUAAAGUACAUUUUCAUAAUGGACUCCAUGAGCUGACUGUGACUCUGAGUCUUAAAUCACUCUAGAAUCACUACCUCCAAAUCCAACAACGUUAACCCUUUACUUACCACACGAGUAAGAGAGAUAGCCCAAUCCACAGCAAAAAUGUUUCAAGAAAAUCAUAAAAACACAUUUUAAAAAAAGACUGAAACAGCCUCAUUUCAGUAAAACACCAGUUUCUCUUCAGGAUUUUUGGGGACUGAUGUUUUCUGGAUGUAAACCAACAUGUUUUUUUUUAAUUCUAGAAAUGAAGAGAGUAGAUGUGAUAUGGUUCAUGAGUGUGUCUUUCUCUAUGUGUGUCUCCUCUGUGUGUGUGUGUUUGUGCGCUCAGGCUUCGCAGGGACUCCUGGUUACUUGUCCCCGGAGGUGCUGAGGAAGGAGGCGUACGGUAAACCUGUGGACAUCUGGGCCUGCGGUGAGCUCUUUGUCUGGUCUUUGUGUCUUCGUCAUCACCGCCUAUUUGCCAUCUCUGUUGUCACUCAGACAAAGGUUGUGUGUUUUUUCUGUAGGUGUGAUCCUUUACAUCCUUUUGGUUGGAUAUCCUCCCUUCUGGGAUGAGGAUCAGCACAAACUCUAUCAGCAGAUCAAGGCUGGAGCAUACGAUGUGAGCCCUCCUCUGUGACCCUCGUCCUGUGUCUACCCUCAUCUUCCUCAUCCACACUGUAUGUUAAUUAUCUGUGUUUGUGUGGGAUCAGUUUCCCUCCCCAGAGUGGGACACGGUGACUCCAGAGGCUAAAAACCUGAUCAACCAGAUGCUGACGAUCAACCCGGCCAAGAGGAUCACGGCCCAGGAGGCUCUGAAGCACCCGUGGGUCUGCGUAAGUCCAAAUGCUCCCUGAGGACAGGAAUCAAUAUUCGGCAUGUUCCAAUAUUUGUGAUUUGUAAAUCUGCGACACAGCAAGUUUGUGAACAUCUGUCCCUUGCUGUGCCAUCUGUUUCCAAACAUGCGAUCCCUGAUACUUGCUCGGCUUAUCUUCAAAGAUUUGUCAAAGAGGAGGGCAAAAGAGCAACUUAUCUGUGAGGAUAAGAUGAAACCUUCAGCUCAGAGCGCUCAGAGGAAGUGUGUGCAGGGAAAUGCACUUUUUCAAGGCUUGUUUUCCAGACAUGCCGAUUUUCGCCUCUUAAAAAUUAUGCUUAACUUUAUUCAACACGGAUUGAAACUAUGCCAGCUUUAACUGAGGUAACGACCUCGACGAGAUCUGAUAACACACGCCAUCCAUUCUUCUGCCAUCGACAAAGUGAAAAUGCUUUUUAUAUGUUUAGAUGAGGCUCAUUCAUGCUCUGAAGGAGAAACAUCGAGUUAGAACCGAAGAGCAACAAAAUAGUUACAAUUUUGGAGUUUACGACCAGAGUCAAGGCCGAGCACGGAGAGCGGGACAGUAUAGAAUAAAGACGGACCUUUGUGCAACCUCUGGUUCUGAAAAAGUUUAGAUGUAAAUUAUAAAAAAAAAAAAAAAAAAAGAUGUUGAUGGUUUGCAAACUAUCCAAAGACAACAACGCCCAAGGCUAAACGUCUCAAGUGAGUCCAGUUGUCCUUUCCAAAAAAGGUCAGAUUUUGAUCCAUCAGACCACAGACCUAAGUCCACCUUAAAUGGACUCAGAUCCAGAGAGGUCUCUGGUGUCUCUGGAUCCUGUUUCUAUCUGAUCUCCUCUUUCCUGGUUCAGGUUAAACUAAACAUGCACCAAUAAAUUGGCCGGCCGAUAGAUUGCGCUGAUUUCCUCAAUUUUGGGGGAUCGGUGAUCAACUGAUCCUUACUUAUGAAACCCAUUUUAUCCACCAAUCUUAUCUACCUCAGCAAAGGUCUUAAAGUCAGCUGUUGUAGCUUUUUGCUUUGAAUAAAUGACAGGCCCGCCCACCAGGUCACAUGUGCACACACGCGUGCGUCAGCGCCAGCGGCACACACAACAGUUAUCUGGAGCAUGAUCAACUAAGCACGUUGAACUCACUACAAGGAAACCUAAAACUCAGGACAGUUUAUUGGUUGUUUAAGUUGUGUUGUUAGUUGGUCCUGUAGAUUAUUAUUUUACUAACUUCCUCAAACCUUGUGAUUACCUUUGUUUGCAAAAGUUAAAUACUGCUGUGCAUUUUAUUUUGGUAAGAGGCUCAAAACAGGCCUGCAGUCUGACCUGUAUGUGACCAAGUAUUGUUAAUUUUUAAAAUGUGGAAAAUAAAAGACUUGAUGAACUGAUAUAAUUUAGUAGUUUGGACAGAAAUAUUCGAAACUUUUUAUUUCUAUUUGAGAGAAAGUCAGUUAAAAAAAAUAAAAAUCGACUUAGGCAGGUCAAGCUUUUUCAAAGAUAGGUGAUCGGACAGAAAAUUGUGAUUGUUGCAACCCUAGUUUGAACCUCAUUAGUAGAUGCAGUGAUGAACUGUGUUCACAGUCAGUGGUUUUUGAAGUGAUUCUGAGUCCGUGCAGUGACUUCCACUCCAGAGUCCUGUCUGUUUUUAAUGUCCUGAAGAUCAGGACCAUCCAGUCUUGGUUCUGGUCCUUGUCCCUUUAGUACAGAGAUUUCUCCAGAACUUUUUUCUAAAACUGUCAAACCGUUAGCUCACACAGUCUCUCACAGAGUCCUGAACUCUUCCAUCUUUCCCUCUGAGAGACUCCGCCUCUCUGAACUUUCUUUUUAGACCCAGUCAUGUGACUACCUUGUUUCUCCAGAUGUUUUUUAUUUUUUUACCGUUUUUUUUCUAUUAAAUAAAAAGUUGAACUGAUUUGCAAACCAUCAAACUCUCAUCACGGUGUCCUCGUUUUUUUUCUCAAAUGGAGGUCAUGUUAAAAGAUCUCUAUAUCAUUCAUUUGCUUCCACUUCCACUACAAAUCCACGCUUUGGCAGGAGUCACAUCUUUUCCACAGUGGGCGGUGGCGCUCAUGGGAAAUGCAGUCCCCCAAAAAAACGACUGAUUUCAUCCAAAUGGGUCAGAACGAUAAACGCGGCAUGAAAGGGUCAUUUAAAGUCCAAUCUGUUGGACACGUGAAGAGAAGAUAUUUGAUAAUUAAUGUUGUAAUUAAGAUGUCGUCACCCUAAAGAGUUUGAAAAGCAACACAUUUCCAAGGAAACAAGUCUCUCCGACAGCUCCUGCCCACAGAAAGCUGUCACUGUCAGAGCUCUCUUCUUCUGUUUUAUUUUCAGCGCCUCUCUUCUCUGUCUCUCCCCACAGCAACGCUCCACAGUGGCCUCCAUGAUGCACCGACAGGAGACGGUGGAGUGCCUGAAGAAGUUUAACGCCAGGAGGAAACUCAAGGUGUGAAAACGCUUCCAUGUUUGCUUCUCCAUUUUCUCCUCAGACACUUUUCUUUUACUCUUCUCAAAUGAAACCCUGAAAGAUUUUUCAUUUAGCUCCGCUCGUAAUCUUCACUUCCUGCUAAAGGGUCUGUCUUAAAUUUGGCCCUGAGAGCAUAUUUACACAAAGAGAUAUUUGGCGAGAGUCAAACUAAACACAGAGAGAGAUAAUGACUGCCCUCCUCUGAGUAACAUAAUUCAGCUUUUUUUUAAUCAUCCAAGACAAACAAUAAAACCUCUAAAACCUCUUUUAUUUCACAGACAGAUAGGGGGGCUGCUUCACUGACUGAUUUUUUAAACUUGUUUUGAUUAUUUGCUCUGAAUCAAUGAUUUCUGUCAGUGUUUGUUUCAUAAAUUAACGUCCUCAGAGGGAAAAGUUCUCUGUUUUUUCUCUGCUCACCGCAGGCCCAGAUGUUUUUUGGGCUUUUAUUUUGGAGGAUAGGACGGUAUAGAAAGCAGGAAUUAAGGAGUCUGAGCAGGAGCGACAAAUCCCAGCUGCUGGCUUAAGGCAUAACCUCCACACAUGCGGUGCACACUUGGACCGCUUGGCCCCUUUAAGGUUGCUUUUUUUAGGUGUUUUUGAUUUUAUUAGAAACAAGAAAGCAGCUCAUUUGUUGAAUGGAUAGUAAGAAGUAAGAACGAUGUAGAGCAUCCCCUUUAAAACUGCAUCAUUCUGCGUUUUAAAACAGGUUUUAAGUCCGUAUUUACAAUACUGAGGAAGUGCUUCCAGAGUGCUGCGAGAGGAGCUAUAAUUUCCCUGAGCGAUCAAUGAAGUUCUGCUAUUUCUGCAAUGUGACUCAUGAGUGUUCACCUCGGAUGACUGAGCUGUUUGUGUGCACAUUACAUGAGUUCAUAUGUGCAGACAUACAGUAGAGCUCGCAGGAGAGACACAGAGAGAGGGCUCUAUUUUCGUGCCUUGCCGGAGAUGUGGUGCAGGCACGGCGUAAGUCAAGUCCGUCGCGCUGACAAGGCGUGCCCAAGCACAAUUUGGUAUUUUGGUGAGCAGCGCAGUCCGGCGUAAGUAUCCCCCCUCUCUAACUCAGCUCCUCCCAGCGGCAUAAGUCGUAGGGAGGGAGGAGAGAGGGCGUGGAGUGGAUUUAACACAGCCAAGACCUGUAUUGACCAAUAACAUCAGCUCCUCUCCUCACCUUUAAAUCCGCCACUGGUGAGGCGUAUUACAAUUUUUGUGAAGUAGUCAAAGAGAUCAAGAUAUGGCUGAAGACAGCAAUGCCACAGAGAUUGAGAUUUCAUUUUCAAAAUAUGCCCCAGCAAAUAUGUACCAAAAUUCAAUUUGAAAUGUCAAAUCUGAAAAUUCAAAUGCAUUUGCAGUUUGGCUUUUUUGUUCCAAAGUCAAAAGUGCGUAAUUUGACUCAGAAAAAAAAGAAGAAGAAACUCUUUGUUUGAAAAAUGCUUGUAACAUAUAUAUCCCACAACUCCUCUGUUCCGACGUGAGAUAUCUCUAAUUUUUCAGAGGAGUCUGGUCAACUUUAGAUGGCAGCAGUAUAGCACUUACCACUAAACCUUAUGAGGUUAACACCGGCUUAAAAGCAGCAAACCAUCUACCUAAAUGAGUCAGAGGUAGACCAGCAACUCCUUUGUUCCGACGUGAGCUAUCUCUAAUUUUUUAGAGGAGUCUGGUCAACUUUAGAUGGCAGAGGUGUAGCACUUACCACUAAACCUUAUGAGGUUAACAUCGGCUUAAAAGCAGCAAACCAUCUACCUAAAUGAGUCAGAGGUAGACCAGCAACACCUUUGUUAUGUGGGAAAAUUGCUGCAUUAUCGGCACAGUCUGGUCCAACUUAAAAAGCAGUUAAACAACAAACUCAUUCAUUUUGUGCAGUUAAUUAUGAGUUCAAAUCAGCACAAACUGACUAAGAGGACAAGGUUGUGGUAGACCAGCAAUUCCCUAUUUACCUAAGGUUAAAUAACCUUUUUUAUCAGUGUAUCUAUGUUUAACUGUUAGUAAUAAGGGACCUUUCCCAUUGGACUCAGAAGUUAAAACAGGCAUGGAAACCAAAAAGUGGAGCACUGACUCACUAAAUGAGUCCAGGGUAGACCAGCAUCUCCCAUGGUCUUUUAAGUAAAAUAUCAGGUUUUAUCAGUUUGUUCUGGUUUGACUUCAGAGAGAGAAAGGUAAGAAAAAAUUCAGGUAAAAUUCAGGGCUCAUAAUGAUCCAUAAAUUUUAGAGCCAACCAGCAUAACAAAGUAGAGGUAGACCAUCAACCCUCUGGUCCUCUGAGAAAAGUUGCUGUUUUUUAUCAGUAAAAACUGGUAAAGCUCAAAAUAAAGCAACCCCAAAUAAACUCCGAGCUCAAAAGGUGCAUUUUAUAAAGAGUUUAAAGUAGCAAACAAAUGAUCAAGAUAAUGAAGAAUAAAUAAUACAAACUACAUUUUCAUUUUCUGAUUUGAGCUGCACAUUUUGUAACACAAUUCGAAUUGUUUUAUUUAUUUAAAACACAAUUGUUUUAUUUAUUCUUCAUUUUAUUUCUGAGUAAAAUCAUGCAGUUUAAAUCUCAAAUGGAUUUUUCUUUUACCUUUGAAUGAAGUUACAGAAUGAUCAGUUUUGAAAAGGAAAAAACAAUAGCAGUUCGAAUUAUUUAUUUCUAAUUUAAUUUAUGAGUCUAGAGUUGCAGGUACACUUCUGUUAAUCUAUUUUCAUUUGAAUUAUGAUACAAAUUUGCUUCCAUACUGCAGAGCAAACAGAGAGAGCCAUCAUACACUCCAUCAUAACUGUGGGUAAAACUUUGUGUUGUCAGGAUUAGAGUGCACAGUGCAGCUCUGUGCAGCAGAGAGUGCAGAUAUACAGCUAAAUUUAGUCACAAUCAAACACAAGACUGGAGAAAAUUUGGUAAAUUUUGAAAAUUAAACCUCAAAUGGAUUUUUAUUUUACAUUUGAAUUAAGUUACAGAAUGAUUAGUUUCGAAAAAAGCAAAAGCAAUUGCAGCAAUUUAAUUGGAAUUACUAACAAAUUUGCUUGCAUACUGCAGUGCACUUUGUAGAGCGUUUAACUCUUUGCACACGCUCAUUGAUUUUGACGAUUGCACAGGUUUGGACGGCGCCAAAGUUGUGCUGUCCUUCAGGUUUCAUCUGAGCUUCGUUUUUCCACUCGUUGUGCCGUUCAGAUUAGAUGCUAAAUAAAUAUCAAAGAUGGACACUCAUCGCAGCACAAAGUCUGUUACUCCUCUCGCCCUCAUCUUUUCUCCUUUCACCUCCGCAGGGGGCCAUUUUGACCACCAUGCUCGUCUCCAGGAACUUCUCUGGUGAGUGUCGCUCAUUGAAAAGACUCAAGCUGAGGGAACAUGUCAGGUCUGAGAGCGGGAGAGGAGGACAGGAUGAUAUGCCAUCUGUCUUCUUCCAUCUCUUCACACAUACACAAUCGCACACAUCCACACAGCAGGUUGAUGGGCGUCAGUGUGAGGUGGAAGCAGGAAACACAGCGGAGAGAUUUGCUCGUUUUUUGAACCAUAAUCUCACAUCAAGUCUUGAUUUAAGCCGGGAUUUGGCUCCUGGUUCUGGUUUUGACUAUUGCAGACUUUGCACUUCCAUCAUUAUCCUCCUCCUUUUCAUCCUCUUCCUCAUCUUGCUCUCUCUUUAUUUCAGUGGGUCGACAGACUACAGCCCCCGCUUCAGUCAGCGCUGUGGCAGGAACCACCGCCGGCAUCGUAGAGCAAGGUAAACUCAUCGUAAACUUGACAUCCGCCCCUCUCACUGAAGUUGUGGUGGACAUGAUUAAAUGGAAAUCCCCUGGAGUCACAGAAUCACACAGUCCCUGACGAUCCCUCAGCUUGUUUUAAUCUCUCCCUCUAAAUCUUUUCCUCCUCUCUAAUGCUUCUCAAAUGUUUGCCAAGGUAAGCAGCCUCUCCUCUCAUCUGGAAGCAGAGAGAAUUACUGAAUUACUGGCAUUUCUUAUCAUGGGUUAAGGAUUCGCUGCAGAGAAUCAGAGGACAAAUUGCAUGCUGUUUGGUGUGCUCCCUGCGGCUUAGAUGCCAGAUGUAAUUGCAGAAAGGGAAGCCUUUAAAGGGAAAGUCCAGUGCAUCCAGAAAUGGGCAUAUUUGUUGUUGUUUGUAUUUAUGAGUAUUAACAAAUCAGAAGUACACAGUUUUUCUGAUUUGCUAAAGUAGAUUGCCCCAGCCUGCAGCCCUAAAACAACCUGUAGUGACUUCAACAUGAUCUGCACCUAAAAAUGAAAGUUUGUGUUUUGUUAAAGACCCAAACAAAAAAAAAGCUUUUUAUGACUGGGAAUAAGAUUUUUAUUUGCUCUCUUUGUUCUCUACAAAAGAGGAUUAGGGACGCAAGAAGAAAAAAACUUAAUAACAGGAAGGAGAUUUUUUUUAUUUCCAUUUCAAGAUUAAAGUCAAAAUCGAAAUGAUGUGAAUAACGUCGUAUUUUAUAUUAAAUUUUAAAAUUAUAAUUUUUUUAAUCUCAAAAUUUUGAAAUUUAUUAAUCUCAACAUUUUGACUUUAAUCGUGAAAUUUCAACUUUGUUGGCAAAAUUUUGGUUACUUUAAUCUAAAAAGUUCGACCUAAAUUUGAAAAUUUCAACUUUAUUGACAUAAUUUUAAUUUCUUUAAUCUGACUUUAAUUUGACUUUGAUCUCAAAAUUCCGACUUUAUUGAAAUAAUUUAGACUUCAUUGACAUGAUUUUGAUUUCUUUAAUCUUGAAAUUUUCAACUUUAAUCCGAAAAAUUUGACUUUAAUCUCAAAAAUUCAACUUUAAUCCAGAAAUUUCAACUUUAAUCUUGAGAUUUUGACUUAAAUCUUGAAAUUUUGACUUCAUUGACAUAAUUUCGACUUCCUUGACAUAAUUCUGAUUUCUUUAAUCAUUUUAAUUAUUUAAAGUUUUAGACUUUAAUCUUCAAUCAACAAAAACAGCAGUUUUACCUUGCAGGACAUGUUGGUAGUUUAUGGUCAACCCCAGAAGAGUCAACCUGCUUUUGAAUUAAAGUGUGUUUUACAUAUAUUGUACAAAAUCAAGCGUUUACAAACGUUUAAGUCACACAAUAACAAAAGCUACUUUUUGUUUGUUUGAAAAAUGUUUGUAAUGGAUAAAUCCCACAAACAUUUAAAGUAGCACAAAUUCCCCCUAACAGAGUCAAGAGAAGGAAGACCAGCAACUCCUUUGUUCCGACGUGAGAUAUCUGGUCAACUUUAGAUGGCAGCGGUGUGGGACUUACCACUAAACCUUAUGAGGUUAACAUCGGCUUAAAAGCAGCAAACCAUCUACCUAAAUGAGUCAGAGGUAGACCAGCAACACCUUUGUUAUGUGGGAAAAUUGCUGCAUUAUAGGCACAGUCUGGUCCAACUUAAAAAGCAGUUAAACAACAAACUCAUUCAUUUUGUGCAGUUAAUUAUGAGUUCAAAUCAGUACAAACUGACUAAGAGGACAAUGUUGUGGUAGACCAGCAAUUCCCUGUUUACCUAAGGUUAAACAUCCUUUUUUAUCAGUGUAUCUUGGUUUAACUGUUAGUAAUAAGGGACCUUUCCCAUUGGACUCAGAAGUUAAAACAGGCAUGGAAACCAAAAAGUGGAGCACUGACUCACUAAAUGAGUCCAGGGUAGACCAGCAUCUCCCAUGUUCUUUUGAGUGAAAUAUCAGGUUUUAUCAGUUUGUUCUGGUUUGACUUCAGACAGAGAAAGGUAAGAAAAAAUUCUGUAAAAUCCGGGGCUUAUAAUGAUCCAUAAAUUUUAAAGCCAAUCAGCAUAAUAAAGUAGAGGUAGACCAUCAACCCUCUAGUCCUCUGAGGAAAGUUGCUGUUUAUUUUAUCAUUAAAAAUGGGUAAAGCUAAAACAAAGAAACCUCAGAUAAACUCUGAGCUUAAAGGUGCAUUUUAUAGAGUUUAAAGUAUCAUACAGUUAACAAUCAAGAUAAGAUAAGGAUACACCAGCAACUCCUUUCUUCAGUUAGGUAUUUGUGCGUUUUUUUUUUUUGUUUGUUUGUUUUUUUUGGGUGUUUUUUGUAGUAAUAAAAGUCAACUGAAACUCUAAAUAAAAACAAACCAAAUAACAAUGAUCAGGGGUAGAUAAGUAACUUAUUUAUCCUGUUAUGUAAAAUUGCUCUGGAUUGGAUUAUAAGGGAAUUUUGUGCAAUAACCAAUAAUAGGUAUGAGCAAAAACAGACUGACCGCCGAAAAGAGGAAGAGGUAGACCAGCAACUCCUCUGUGCUCUGAACUUAGAUAACUGUCUUUAUCAAUGGAGUCUGGUCUGCUUAUACUGAGUAGGUCAUUAAGAAUAAAAGACAGGGGUAGACCAGAGACUCCCUAAACCUGUCAGGUCUGUAUCUGCUGGUUUUCAGUGUUAUUUAGAGUCUUUCUCAGAUGUACUUUGUCGUAUUUUCCUAAAUGUCAACAGUUAGCUUCUCGGCUGCUGUCUAAACCUAAAGGACUAAUUCCCGGUUAAUUUGAACCUGUUGGUCACUGGAGCUGAAAAUAUGAGGAAACAGUCCCCAGCUCUGAGAUUAUAACGGUUCCUCUUUAAGAAUGACCUUCAGAUGUUUAUGUCCUCUUAUAUGAAAGCAUUAUUGACAUUUCCUGCCCACUGACGAACUCUGUAAUGAUUUUCGCCACUGAUCCGUCCCACUCUUGAGAUUAACAAACCCAUUAUCACAUACCUGCAUCUAUAUUCCUCUCCCCUCAUGCUCCAGCUCUUAAUCCCCGCUCUAUCUGGGCCUGCAUGUGCGUGCGUCUGUGUGUGUGAGUGUAUUUGGAUUAUAUAGAGAAUUAGUUCCUUUUUUCCCCCUCAUGGCUGAUGUCCUCUGCUUAUCUAAUGCUUUGGCCAGUGGAUCAGGGUUUGUAGGUUCCAGUUGGAUGGAGAUUUUUAAAUGUGGGUUGUGUCAGUGUGUUUAUUCGUUGGGGUUUUUAAUGUCUUUUUACAGGACAGAGGGAGGGUUUCCUUUUUUUUUUUUUUUUUUUUUUUUUUAGAGAGGGAGGGAUGAAUUCUGGACAGUGUUUUUUUCUUCCCCUGAAGGGUGGAGAUGGACAGGACAUGUAGAAAAGCGAGCUCUGUCACUCUUUUUGUCGUCUGCAUGCUCAGUUGUUCCAGAUUUGGACCUUUUGAUGAUCAGGUGACUGUUUUAGCGAAUGCAUGCAUGCUUCACGGUGCAGAUUUAGAGAGCCGUGGUCAUCUGAAGGUGUAUGAUGUGUACUCUUCCAUCUGAGGGUGUGUCCUUCUGCCUCUCUGCAGCAGCCAAGAGUCUCCUCAACAAGAAGGCUGAUGUCAAGGUAAGCUCUCCUCUGUUGUUUCCCCUUUUUUAUAUCCUUGGAUGUCCUUUGGUUCCUUUGGACGCGCUCUUGCAACAGUACUUCUUUUAUUUUUACUCAAAUACGGUGAAAUAAUUCAGACGCAGAUCUGAUUUGACUUUGUCAAGUGCUGCAGCGUUGGCGUUAAUAUUUUGAAGACAUUGUUUUUGGCCUUAAAGAGACAGAGCAAGCUGAACAUAUGUGUCAUUUACUGCCCCGCACUUUUUUCAUGAUUCAUUCACCUGAAUAUUUUCAGCCACUGUUUUACUUUUUAGUAUUUUUCGAUUCUGACAAAUUUGUAGCUGUUUCCCAGUUUUCAAACUAUUGUAAAGUUAUCUGUAUAAAAGCAAAGUGAACAUCCAGAAUGAAAGAAAAAGUAUAAACUAAAAAGUAUAAAACUUGGCAACUUUUACAGUGCAGUCCACUGUCUGAAUAUGCAUUUAGUACAAUUAAUAAACAAAAAAACAGAUGUUUAUACCUGUUUGCACAGUUACAGGAUAGUAUGGGUGCAGCAGAAUUUUUGUGCAUUACUCUAAGAGUUAGCUUUAUAAAUUAUAAAAGGUAGAGAAAAGGAAAGUUAUUAAAACUUUUAGUGCAAACUUAUAAGACAGUUUUAAAAUGUGUGAAUGCUUGAUUUGCAAGUCUAUUUCUGCACAUUAUAACUUGGUGUAUCUAAAUAUUUCUGAAUAUAAGACUUCAUAGACCAAAAAAAUACAGAUAGUUCAAUAUUAGAGACUAAAAAUCAAAACAAACUCAGUCAAAAAAAAACAAAAAACAUAUUUUCAAAAAGUAGGUCAUUCUGUAAAACUUUAAUUAAACAGAGUGAAAUAUUUGCUAAAUCUUUUGGUUCAUAUACGGCUGAGAGCAGCAAAAAUUCCCAAUCUUUUAUGUUUUCAUUUAAUCUUUGGUAAAAAGUGAAAAUAAAAUAAUGAGGGGUAGAUGUUUUUUUUCAUGAUGCACUUUGAGGAAAAAGGUCGAAAUGUUGCGAAUAAAAUUAGAAAUACAAGAAAAAGUUUGAUCUCUGUUACAAGAUAUUUACAUUCAAUUUGGAGAAAAAAGUAGAGGGUUGUUACAGAAUUCCUGCCAUCGUAUAUAAACUUGAUGUAUUUCUAUUUGAUGAAAUCCAAACACCGUCAUUCACCAGCAUAAAAAACCCAUAAAGUAAAAGUGCUGGGACAUCAUUUUUCUGUCAGGCUCAGUCGAUGUUAUGUGGAGAAACGGUGAAGCUCAUCAUCCUGUUUAGACUUUUUCACAUGUAUUUAAAGAGAAAAUAAAAGUCCUAUAAUCUGAACCACAUGUUUGUCAUUUAUGAGAUCUUGUUCUGCCAAAAGGCUGUAAAUGCCAGCUAAUGUUAACUUUAGUUAAGAUUGAGUUACGUUCAUUUAAUAAACAAAGAGAGACAGAGAUUAGUUAAGUCAAACUUUGUCACCCUUAAAUUUUUGAAAAAUAAAACUUUUGUUUGAGACGUUUGUGAAUUUUUGGUGUUUUGCUAGUUUGAACAUGAACUGUGUUGGAUGAACCACUGAGCAGAUGAGAAGUUAAAGGUGGGGUAGGCAGGAUCUGAGGAAGUUCCAGUUUUAGGAAGAAAUCUUGAAUGUAAACUGUACCCCUCCCAACCAGUUUUCCUCUCAGCUUCUCGUCUCCCCUCCCUCUCUGCUCCAGCAAGCCCCGCCCACAAACAGACGCUCCUGCUUCCGAGGUCAACAGUUUAGCGGCGCUACAACAUGCAGCAGGUCCUGUUUGACAAGAAUCACUUCUGUUACACUUGGCUUACUUUGUUAAAGCAGUUUACCUGUCCAGCAGAAAGGUUACAGGGUCCGUAAGAUCCCGAAGCGUCCCCCAUUGUUUAUGUUGACCCGGCUUCUUAGCUCUUGUCCGGUCUACGUCCUUUUUAAGCGCCCGUUAUUCCGUCAGAGUCUCCUGUAUUUACUUAGUUUUCUUGCUUGUGUCGGCAGUCGUGACUAAAGGAGGAUUCAGACAAUUUUCUGUACUUUCUGGUUGGUUUAUACUGUCCAAUAUUGUAGCACGCUAACUUUGUUUGGACUUGUGAACGACACAGGGGAGCAGCGUCUGCCUCACAAUCAAUCAGGUUGGGGGAGGCAGAGAACGGCUUUGUUUACAGUCGGAAAGAACGGGCCGCAAAAAACUUUUAAAAUGUUAACUACAAAGACAUAACACAGCAAUAUCAUGAUAUUACCAAAUGUCAUCAAUAACUAAUAGCUAUUGGCUGAUAUUAAAAGUUUUUUUGUAUUUACACCACAAAAAAGAUGCUUCUUUAACAGAUUCCUACCUACCCCACCUUUAAUACGUUGACUUUCCUCGACAUUUCGACUCAACUCAGAAAAUUGUAUUUCAACUUGGAUGUCAAAUUUUGAAGUGUAUAAUGAAAUAAAAUAAAAUCUCCUCCUCUAAUUAUUACAUCUGGAUGACAUUUAAAAGAAACCAGGUUCACUUUCAAAACUGUGUCUUCCUAAUGGAAGAUGUCAAAAGACUAUUAUAGACUCCUAUUUUGAAAGGUUUUGUAGUAUCCUCGGCUGGUCUGGUCUAGGAACGCUGUGUCACCUCCUCAGUUCUUGGAUGUCUCAGUUUGGCACAGCCGAAUCUUUGCAUCAGUCCACUGCAGACAUUUGUCACCACAGAUGCCCUCCUGAGCCAAACCAGAGCGCAUUAACUGACUGCCUCCAUUUCCUGACAGGAAUAUUAAGUUUGAGUCUGCAGAGACUCUGAUACCAGUGCACCUCUGUGAGCUGCAUCCUCGUCCUUGUCCUGCACUUUGUAGUGGUGCCGGUGAACCAUCAUGUGUGUUUGCAUAGUUGUGUUGUCAUGCAUGUGUGUUUGCACGAGUCAGUGUGACUUUUUACUGUAAACUCAAAGUUUUCUGAGAUCCUCAUAUCUGACCUCUUAAAGACUUCAGUUUCUUAUCAUGUUCAUGCAAGAUUUAAUUUUACCAGCAGAAUAUGAGAAUCCUUUGUAUUUGUGAUGUUCAAAAUUUUUUGUAUCUUUCAGUCUAAGAUGUUAAGUAUUUGUGCGCAUUAUAACAGGUUUUCUCUCUUGUUCAUACAAGAUAAGCUUUUAUCAAGAGGUUAUAAAGAUCUGUGGUAAUUAUAGUUUUGAACUACACGCAAAAUGAUUGUUUACAAGAUAACACGAGUCUAUUUUGUUCACACAUGAUUGAGUUUUACUGGCAGAUUCACGAGACCUGAAUUAUCAAAAAAAUGUGCAAAAAUGUUUGAUUUUAUUGCCACAAGAGUAACUAUGAUAUCAGCUUUCUUAUCAUGCUCUCUAAAGGGUAUAUUUUAAUGAUCUGUAGAAAUAAUCAUAAUCAAUUAGAUGCAAACUUUGGCGUAAGAUGAUAACUAUUGGUGUGCAAGAUAUAAAGUUUCGCAUCUAACCCUAACUUUACAAUAAUCAUCUAAGUAGCGUUUAUAGGUGGUUUAUAAACCAAAUAUUGACCAUUUACAAAGUGCUACUGACACACAUUUAAAUCUAGAUGUUUUACAACCAAUAUUUAAACCCUAUAUAAACCUUUAAUAAACAGUCUAUUAAUAAUCCUAAUUUCAUUGCUUGUUAGUGGUAAAGUAACUAUUAACUUACAAUAAUAAACUAUCUGUUUGCCAUUUAUAAUUGGUCUAUAUGCUGUUAUUAAAUGAUGAUUUAACAUUAAUAAAUAUCUAUUUACCUUUUAUAAAUUAUGGUUAUAAUAAAGUGUUACCAGAUAUUUUAGUUGAUCUUGUUCAAACUAGGCCUCAUUAUUUUGCUCAUGAUCCCUUCUGUCAGAAUAAUCUUUAUUUAUAGCGUAGAUAGUUUUUUUGUUAUGUUGACUAAAGCUGCUGUUGUGAAGAUAUUAAUCUGAUUGUUAUACGAUAAAAACUUUUAAACUCCACAGAUAAAAGUUAACUUAAUUUCAGAGCAGUGAUAGUCAAACGCCUGAUCCUCUCUCUCUUUUAUUCUUUCUUGACCUGCUUCUCUUUUCAUUAACUUGAAUCUCCUGGCCUCCCCCUUCAGCCUCUCCUCUUCCUCUUUCCCCAUGCACCCCUCAUCCUCUCUCUCUCCUCGUGUGGCCUGAUGCUAAUCUCAGAUUAUUUCCCACCAGAUGAUUAAACCGCCAUUACGUAAUCUCAGUUUCUCCUUUGCUGCACCCUGACGUCACACACUGGAGCUGCUUCCCUCUCUGCAUCUUCACUGUCUCUCUCUCUCUCUCUCCCUCUCUCUCUCUCUCUCUCUCUCUCUCUCUCUCUCUCUCUCUGUCUGUGUGACACACUCACCUCAGUUUCCAGGGAAUUCUUUCUUUUUUACCGCUAAACAGGUGCAGGAGUUUAAAGCAACAAGAGGGAAGUAACGGCAGGAUAGAGACUGUUUUAUUGAGCUUUCAAUGUUAAAUUAAGAGCUGUUUCAGAAAGCUGCUUUUUUAUUUACUGAAACUGAGGAUGUGCAUGCCCAACUUCUCCACGGCUGCCUUGUUUAGUUGCAGGUCAGCAGACAUUUGGGUUAAUCCUGGCUAAAUGUGGUCAAUAUGUACUCCUCUCCAAUAACAUCAAAGUUGUAUUUCUCUGCUUGAAGGGCGGAUAUUAAACAGUGAAGUACGGUCUUUUCAGAGCUUUCAAACCUCAAACCAAGAUGUCUAAAACAUAUUUUAUUCACAUGUAAUCAAAGUCGAACAAACUCAAUCAGUGCCACAAAACAUCAUGUGAUAGCUGGUCAAAAUAAACAAGGAAAACAGGAUUUAAUUCCUUUAUUUUUCAUUUGGAGACUUCUUAAAAAAAACUACAGUGCAUGUUUUUUCCUCAUAAAAAAGCCGCUCCUCUGAAGAGUCAAACACACCAUAACACAGAGUUAGACACCCCCUCGAGAGAUGAUUGUUGCCGACCGCUUGCUUCUUUAGUUAUACCAACUUUAGUAAUGACCACAGGAUAGCAAUACAGAGAGCCACGAUCUCAACCCAAACACCACUCUAUUUUAACUUUGACUAAUUUCUUUAGCAAAGGGACUAAACAUAACUCACCUACUCUCUUCCAGCAGCCGCUUGUUUGUGGUGAGACCUCAGGCCAGUCCAUUACGGACUACAGCAGGGUGACGCAGCUCAAGGACGCAGUAGUUCUUCUGCCUUAGUGUCUUGGUAUGAUUGCCAUGAAGAAAUUAUCAUAAAUGUUCUCCCUUGAGCUGCGUCACCCCGCUGUAGUCGCUACAAACAAGCAGCUGCUAGAAGAGAGUAGGUGAGUUGUGUUUAGUCUCUUUGCUAAAGAAAUUGGUCAAAGUUAAAAAGAUGUUUGUGGCUAGUGCUAUGGCUGGGACCCUAUAUGUUCUGUUGAUGAAGUUAGGGGCUGUUCUGAGCAUUAUUUGUGGCCAUAGAGUGGCAUUUUGGUUGAGGUUUGUUUAUGGCUCCUCAGACAGCUCUGUACUGCUAUCGUGGGGUCGUUACUAAAGUUGGUAUAACUAGAGAAGCAAGUGGUCAGCAUUAGACAUUUAGUUUUUAGUCUUUGCAAUGCCCCAGUUCACGCCACGUCUAUUCAGCAUCAUUUAAAUAAUGCCCUUAGAUCACGUUCCCCCGUACGAUGUCUCAGCUGACUUGUCAUAAAAUGAUAACUCUGCAAUAAUCACAAACCCCACCACAGUGAUCAGACAGUGGUGUUCAGAGCUUGCUCACUGAUUUCCUGAGUCAUUUGCUGAUUUCACACAGCUCUUCACACAUCAGGUGGCGGUGGCAGUGAAUCAGAAAAUAAGGGUAUCACAGAGGAAGGCAGCACAGAUAAUGGACUUCAGAUUUCUCUGUCAGUGAGAUGGUUGUUUAUCCUGUUUCUGGACGAGCAGUGGGAUAAACUUCACAGUUGGGAUUUGGAAAGAGGAAAUUCAGGGCUUGAAAAUGUCCUGCUGGUGUUAAUACUUUGCGACACUAACAGGCGACUCUGGUUUCAAAGCAGAGGCUGUCAGAUGGCACCUUUUCACCUGUUUCUAACUUCACUUCAGGGUUUUAAGGAAAGAUUUACUGAAAGGGAACUUUUUUUUAUCAACGUUGGCCGUUUUAGUACAUGAUCUUUGUAGACUAAAUGACCAGAAUGGUUUAAUGGUAGAACUUUUGAGUGAGUACAUUAAAAGUCUUUGUUACCUUGGAUGGUGUGGGAGUUGCUGGUCUACCCCUGUGCUAACUCCAUGGGCUCUAUUUUCGUGUACACUGGUGAGGCGGCGGAGGGUGGCGGACCCCGUGUAGUUGUAUUUUCAUCUGGCGGAGCCCGGCGUAUUUUCGUGGACUGAGGCGCAUGGAGGCGAGCCGAGAUCCGCCAAGCUGGGCGUGGUGGCGUGGAAGGGGGAGGUGUCAACAGAAUCAGCGGGCACAGUGACAUUUUGGUGCUCGCCAGUGGCGUGUAAAGUGCGCUGAAAGCUCACCGAUUCAAACCUGGUCAGCUUUCAGCGCAGGCAGAGCGCAGCUGAUCUAGUAGUAUUUUGGUAGACCGGCGGCGGAUCGGCAUACAUCACCAAUGCCUCACCGGCAGGUUUCCACAGUGUCAGGCACAUUUCAGUGCAAUAAAUAAUCAUCAACAACUAUUAAUCUGAGUCAGCACAUACAUUUAGAUCUAUAUCGAUAUAUUCUGAUCUAUAUCUGAUCUGAUGAGUGCGUUUGGACACACAACCUGACCGAAUCAACACAGCUGAAACCACAUUAAAUUAAAUUUAAUAUCUAGUAAAUAAACACACAUGAUGAAGUAAACAAGAUAUGUAAUUCGUGUCCCUCCUUUUCUUUCUUCCUCUUCCUCUUAUUUCUCGCACAGCUCGACCUGGACAUGUCUCUGUGUCCUCUCUCCGUCCUGCUGCAGCGGCGGCUAAACAGAUGAUUUGUUUCAGUGCUCAGAUGAGUUACCUACUUUAAGCCUACAUACGGGUAUUAUAAUGUUCAGUUUUGUGAGUCAAAUUUUUUUAUAUGCCAACAUCUCUGAAAGAAAGAGCCAGGCCACGGAGCGCGAUGCGUCAUUUAUGCACAGAUGGUUCCAAUUUUAAUGCCAUUUUUGGAGUUAAUGUUGUGAUCUGUGCGCACAACCCACCUUUGUCACGUGAGGUUUGAAUAUAUGCAACUUUAUGUGAGUGUCUUUAUUUGUGGAAAGGGUGUUUGUCUUACCAGUGGGUCCAACAUUACACACACCAAAUCCAUCUGUGCUCAUAUGAGAGAGUGUGGAGGACGCCCAAUGCAGCGCUUACAGUGACACUUGUUGAGGAGUUGCCUUCUGUCGCUAUCUUGUGGCAUUACUGUCUUCAGACAUCUCUUGAUCUCUUUGACUACUUCACAAAAAUAGUAAUACGCCUUGCCUGUGGCGGAUUUAAAGGCAAGGAGAGGAGCUUAUGUGAUUGGUGAAAACAGGUCUCGGCUGUGUUAAACCCACUCCACGCCCUCUCUCCUCCCUCGCUACGACUUACGCCGCUGGGAGGAGCUGAGUUAGGGAGGGGGGAUACUUACGCCGGGCUGCGCUGCUCACCAAAAUACCAAAUUGUGCUUGGGAAUGCCUUGUCGGCGGACCUGACUUACGCCGCGGCACGUCUCCGGCGAGGAACGAAAAUAGAGCCCCGUGUGUUAUUGUGUCUAAACUAGGACUUUAACGCGUUGAUUGCGAUGAAUAAAUGUUAAUGUUAAUAUUUUCUCGUUAAAAAUAUUAAUCGCACCUACUAUAUAUUUGCAUAGCGGAACGUUUCUCACAAGACAAAUUUCAGGUAUACGGCUUAUACCAGCACACCCAUAUGUGAUUAAUGCUGCAUUUAAGUUACCUCGGAAGUCAGAAGUCUGAGCUGAAAAUGACGUCACACCAGAGUUCCCAGCGUUUCAGUUACCAAGUCAGAAAAAGGCAAAAUUGAUGGCGGAAACAAGAUGGCUACAUCUACAAAACUUAUUUUAGCACUUGCCUUGUCCAACUACAAGGCCUCCAAUUUAGCUCUUUUCCGACUUGGUAACUGACUUUGCAUUCAAGUUACCUCGGAAGUCGGAUGUCGGAGCUGGGAAUGACGUUACACCCAUUUUGAGAGUGUUCCAGUUAAAAAGUCGGAAAGUCAAGAUGGACGCCUUCUGUUAGCCAUUGUUAGCUGUUGUUAACAAUUUUCAGCUGUUGUUAGUUGUUGUUAGCGAUACCAGUUGUAAACAACAUAUAACACAGUAUUUUACUCUACAAACACCAUCGCACCAUGUUCACAGUUAGACGUUGGGCAGUACAACAUAAACCACUUAUUUAAUUUCACUAAAACAAAACAGAAGUGCUAAUUAAUAAUACAUUACGAAAGCUUUUACUGUUACUCUUUUACAGCAUGUCAAGUCUCCGGUAUCACCUGAAUGCUAAACAUGUUGCAGCGAGCGUGGAAGCUAACUUUAGUCCGACUCAGAGUACAGCGACCCACACCCAACCAACACUUGACCAGUUGAGUGGAUUCAGAGCCAAGAUGAGUAACGCUGCAUUCGAGUUACCUCGGAAGUCAGAAGUCCGAGCUGAAAAUGACGUCACAUCCAAGUUGUCAGAAAAAGGCAAAAUCGGAGGCGGAAACAAGAUGGCUACAUCUACGAAAGUUAUUUUAGCACUUGCCUUGUCCAACUAUAAGGCAAGAGCUAAAAUAACUUUCGUAGAUGUAACCAUCUUGUUUCAGGCCUCUGAUUUUGCUUUUUUUUUUAUAACUUGUUAACUCAAAUGCUGUUAACUCAGGUGUGACGUCAUUCUCAGCUCUGACAUUUGACAUUGUGACAUAAAAAAGCACCGAUCUGUUGGUCUUGGUGAAGUUUGACCUUAUAAAAAUAAACAAGUUUUUGUUUGCUUAAGCUCAUGUAUUCAUUCAGUUCACUGUUCAUUGAUUCACUGGUAUACAAUUAAAAAAAAUAUAUAUAUUAAAUGCGAUUAAAAUGCGAUUUAUUAAUUACAAAGCCUCUUAUUAAUUAGAUUAAUUUUUUAAAUCAAGUCCCAGUCCUAAUAAUAACACAAAUGACCAAACAGACAGAGGAGAGGUAGAAAAACAACUCCCAGGUUGUGUGAGGAUGAGUUUGUGAUCUGUGCUCUGAUGGGAACAUAUUUCAGUCUGCACCACUUUAAUUAAAACAGGAAACAGACAAAGAAGAAGCAGCAGACCGUUAGUGAGCCAGCUGUAGCAUUCCUCUUAAGAGAUGAUUAUUUCAAAAUAAAAGCACAACAUUUCCCCUUGUCCCAAUUUUUAAUCUGAACUCUGUAAAGAUGAAUAACUCUUCAGGAUAAAACGAUGAGUAGACAUUAUUCUGAAGCAUGCUGAGUCUGUAUUUGCUGUUGCUUUUGUGUGUUGCUGUUGUUGUUGUUGUUUUUGGUUAUGUCUAUGUGAAUCCUUGUAAAGCUGAAGUGUGUGUGUAUACUUGGCAUGUUAUCGUGUGUGUGUUUGUGGCCUGUUUAGCCUUCAUAAGUGCUGCGUCUCAGCCUUUUGACCUCCUCCUCCUCCUCAUCUUCCUCCUCCCCGGCUGAAAUAAGGCAGUUGAUGCUGUGUACUCGGGAGGGAUACAUUAAGAGACGCUAAUGUCUGGAGCACAUGUAGUUUGUGGAAAUGGAUGGGAUGCUUGUUUGGUUGUAUGUGACAGAUGUUGCAGAGGUUCACAGCUGUCAUUGGUUUAAUUUGCCAUCUGCUGAAUAACAUCCACAGCCACUGCGAGGGGAUGGAAAUGAAAAAGCCCGGACAGAAAUAUCAGAGCUCUGCCUGGGAUUGAUUUUACCGCAGAUAGAAAUCAAACCGACGUGAUGAAUUGUGUAAAACCUUUCUAUCUAAUUAACAGUGUAGUAAUGAAUCUGUGUCUGGAUCUGAAGAGUGUCUGGCUUUCUGGAAAGUUGGACGGCUAUUCUCUCUGCCCACUAUUUCUGUCUCAGGAGCAUCCUGGUUCUGUCUGAUAUAUUUAUUUUAUUUCUACAAACUAACCACCCACUUUACAACCAGCAGAAGACACUUCUCACCGUUGUUUCUGAGCACUAAUGUAGCACUUUGUGUUUUCCUGCACAGCCCCAGACAAACAGCACGAGAAACAGCAUAGUCACCAGUCCCAAAGGCAACAUCCCCUCUGCUGCACUGGUAUGCAGCUCUCUGUCCGUCUGUCUUUCCGUCUGUUCACUCUUAAAAUGCACAGUCUGUAAAUGUGUGCAUGAAAGAGAGAAACCUGUGUAGUUUGGCACCAUGGAUGUUACUAAUGUGCUGCUAUGACUCUGAAAGGGUUUGCAUUUCCCAGAAGGAUUAACAUAGAGGGGGAUUUCUAAGCUUGUAGAGUAAGGGUCUGAAUUACUGAAUCCUUAAGAGUUACCAUCCUGGUUUUUGAGUUCAUCCUCCAAAGGUGUCAGUUUCAGGUUUUGUUUUUUUUAGGUGGCUGACAAAAUCACAGAAAGGAUCCUUGCGGAGAUGGACGUUAUUUUUAGAGAGAAAGGCUGUUUUUGACACCAGAAUCCGCCUCUUUUAGGCCACCAUACUCCACUGACAGGAACAGUCAUUUUACCCUCCAGAACAAAGGAGCUGCUGAUCUACCCCUGCCUCAAUUUAUUAUCCUGGUUUUGUGACUUAAAUAGUCAAAUGGCAAAGCAAGAGUUAAAGUAAAAUUUGCACAAGUUCAUAUUUAUUGAUUAUUUCAUAUUUAAGUUUACCUCAACUCAAAAGGAGUUGUUUGUCUACCUAAUUUUUUUAAAUAAGACUCUAGCUUUUUUUUACACAAUUGUUUUAAUAAACCAGACAUAAUAAACCAGACAAACCAUCUCACAACACCACAAGCCUGAAAAUCUAACCAACAGAAUUGACUGAUUAAGGCAGGGGUAGACCAGCAACUCCUUAAAUUACAGUUCCUAUCAGAGUAGUCUGAUGGACUAGAGGAGACUGAUUCUGGAUGUCAAAGCAAAACAAAGGAGGUGCUGGUCUACCCUGGCCUUAAUCAGUCAAUUCUGUUGGUUAGAUUUUCAGGCUUUACUGAGGUGAAUGGUCUGUUAAAGCAGAUAAAGGCUUUGAUUAUGACUGUAGAAAACAAAGGGCAUAUGUUUAAAUUAAAAAACAUGGGAUUUGCUCAUCUGCUGCUGCCUGAUAAGAAAGAAUGAGAUCCCAGUUUUGAGCAGCCAGAUUGUGUUUCCCCUGAAGAGAAAGGGUUGGGGGCUCAAAUAUUUGGAUGUGGUUCAUUGUGGAGGUAUUACUCCUUCACAUCCUAAGGAGCUACUUUUUUUUUUCAGGCGAGGAUGCCUCCAGGCUUUUCCUACUGAGAGAAGACCCGGGGUAGACCCUGGAUGCACUGAAGGGAUAAUAUGUCCCAUGUGACCGGGGAAUGCCUCAGAGUCCCCCCAGAGGAACUAGUAAUCAUUGCUGGGGGGGGGGGGGUUAGCCCAUUGCUACAGCAGCUCGACUCUGGAUAUUUAGAAGAAAACGGAUGGAUUGAUGACAGUUACUCACAGAAAAUCACUUCUCAUGAAACUAUAAGGGUUUAAAUAUUUACAGCAGAGUUAUAAAAGAUUAAAGUUUGAAGGAAAGGUUCAUGUCAAAAUCAAAAUCCUUGUUACUGCCGUGAUCAGGUAGCCUGGCUGGGCGAUCCAGUUGCGUGAAUCACUUGCCGUUCCUUGUUCCUUGUUCCCACAAGGAACGGCAAGUGAUUCACGCAACUGAAUGGCCCAGCUAGGCUAGUGAUCAUGUUCCCCUGAUCAACGUCUCAAAGGUUUCUGGUCCAAAUUUGGUGCAAAUACAUCCAACAGUCUCAGAAUUGCAGCUCAUGAGGUGAAAAUAUGGUAAUUCAUGUUACCACUAGGAGGCGCUAUGACUGUGAUAACAUAUUACCAUAUAGAAAUGUUCAGGCCUAGGCCCUCAACUUGUGUGCAAGUUGAGUAUGCACGGCUGAGGAUGACUGUGACUAUUUUCCUGUUUCACGGCAAAACACCAAAUUAUUAAGAGUUUCCAUUGGCCGCUGAGUUUUGUCCACAAGCUGACUAAAUCUCAGGAUUCUGGUUAUAUGAGAAAAAUAUCAUAUCUCAGUGUGAAAUGCCAUUUUAGUUAGGCUUGAUGCAAAGUUUGGUGAGUUUUUAAGAAUGUCUAGAAACUGAAAAUUGUGUCAAAAUUGAAAAGGAGUGAAAUCUUUGAGUUUUUAAAGGACUCUUACACCAUUUCAGGAACAAGACAUGGAAAAAUUAAAGGUCUGUCUCCGUGGAUCCUCUUUGUAAUGUUGUCAGACGAUUGAAAUGAUGGUUUUAGGCUGUUAGGGUCAAAAACAAGAACUUUUAGUGAACUUACUUUUCCCUCAGGUUUAAAAACGGCAGCCUGAACUAUGAUUUUAGACUUUUUGAACUGUAAAAAUGUGACAAAGAUAUGAUCCUGCUGACCUAACCCUUUAUAAAAGUGAAUAUAUAUUUUUCUUUCACUUUAUUCACCAAACUGGAAUCUACUGAAGGAGAGCAGUUUAAUAUGAAUGACUAUGAAACUGCACAAAAAGUGACUGCUGUAGAAGAGAGAGAGGACCUUUGAAUCUUUUGCACUGAUAUAAAUCGAUCAUUAUCUCUGAUUGUUUAAUUUGGGAUUUCUUUUGACCUCCAUCCAUCAUGAACUCGUUCAAAUGUUUAAGCUACCAUUCAAAAACAGACUCAUCUCUCUCUUUUUCCAUGUAUUACACAUAUUCUACUCUGUAUUUAUCUCCCUCUUAUGUCUCUCAAACUCUCAUUUUUUCAUCAUAAAACAUUCCUUUUCUUUCUUCCUCUCUCUUUCUCUCCAUUCUUUCUCCAGGAGCCUCAGACUACUGUUAUCCAUAAUCCAGUAGAUGGGAUCAAGGUACAUCCUCCAGCCUGCUCCCACUCCACCUCUUUCUUUUUUCCUCGUCUUUUAUUUCAUUUCUCACCCUCGUUCUUCUAUCGGUUUCUCUCCUUUCUGUGUGGGUAAAACUGUCAGGAGAAACGUAUUUUUUUCCAGGGUUUGUGUAUUUGCGUACCUCCUGUGUGCCUCUGUUCGUAUUUCUGCAUGAGAGGGAUGGAGAGAGUGUGAGCUGCAGGAGCUGUGAGGUGUUUUCGUGGUCUUACACUGCCCCUCUGUGUUCAGAUUGAUGGAGCUCAGUGGUUCUCGCUGCAGGCUAAGCAGUCUGUGUAUGUCAGCAGAUUAACUGUGUGUGUCUGUGGCCGAUCAAUCCGUACUAUGGGAUUGUGCCAAUGUGCCGCAGAGUCAAACGUGCAGCUGUGUCUGUCCUGUACUCUUUGGCAAAACCGUUGUGCAAAGAUGGAGUCAUGUGGUAGAUUCAAUGGUAGAAACUUGACUGUGUGCAUGCACUUCUAGUUAUUAGUUUGUUUCAGUGUGUUUGCAUGCUCUAACUUUUUGGUAAUUGACACUUUUUCUUUGUGCAUUUUGCAGGAAUCGUCUGACAGCAGCAACACCACUAUUGAGGAUGAAGAUGUGAAAGGUAGGUCAUGAACGCAUCAUCUUUAAAGGGCAGUUCUGGUGUUUUAGACAUGCUUUCUUGGGGUGUUAGUAAAAGUUUGGAUAUGACAUUUAAUCUUAGCUGAUCAGUGUUUCCACAAAAAUCGCUCAUUUUCAUCAACUCUACACUGAGAUUUUGUCCAAGAAAACACCAAACUCCAUUGGCAAAAUCACAAAUUCUACUUUUCAGGACAUAGGAGUUGCUGUUCAACCGCAGCCCUGAUCUGCCUACUUGUUGUUACGGACAAAUAUUUGUUGUUUUCAAACUUAGCAUCAAAAACACUGAAAAUACACACUAAAGGUGUGGUAGUCAGGAUCCGAGGAAGUUCCAGUUUGGGGGAGAAAUCUUGAAUGUAAACUCUACCCCUCCCAACCAGUUUUCCCCUCAGCUCCUCCUCUUCCCACCCUCUCUGCUCCAGCAAGCCCCACCCACAAACAGACGCUCCUGCUCGAUUGUAUCUUUCCAAUUAAAUUCAGAUAUAAUGCAGAUAAAUACUUCAGAUAAUUACAAAUGGGGCCCAGUCAACGUGAAAGUAAAAAGCAUUGGUGCUACUGUGGAUGCCAGACUACAGCAAACAAAAUGUUUGCAGGACUUCUACAACUAGGAUAAAGUGACGUAGUCCAGGACCCGAGGUCAGUUUAGCGGAGCUACAACAUGCAGCAGGUCCCGUUUGACAAGUUACAGACACUUUGUUAAAGCGGUUUACCUGUCCAGCAGAAGGUUACCGGGUCUGUAAGCACCCAAAGCGUCCCCCAUCAUUGUUGACCCGGCUUUUUAGCUCUUGUCCGGUCUACCUUCGUUUUAAGCGCCCGUUAUUCCGUCAGAGUCUCCGGUAUUUACUUAGAGGAGGAUUCAGACAAUUUUCCGUACUAUUUGGUUGGUUCUUACUGUCCAAUAUUGUAGCACGCUAACUUUGUUUGGGCUCCUGAACGACACGGGGGAGCAGUGUCCGCCUCAUAACCAGUCAGGAUGGGGGAGAGGGGGAAUGGCUUUGUUUACAGUCAGAAAGAGCGGAGCGCUCUGAAAUUUUAAAAUAUUGACUACAUAGACAUAACAAAACACAGCGAUAUCAUGAUAUUCCCAAAGGUCAUUAAUAACUAAUAACUAUUGACUGAUAUUAAAAGCUUUUUUGUAUAUACACCACAAAAAAAGAUGCUUCUUUAACGGAUUCCUGCCUACCCCACCUUUAAGACAACUCCUGCAGUAAUCACUUAUGCACAAAACUCCAAAUAUUUUCUUGGUGAGCUCCAUGUGUGACUGAAAACAGUAGAGAUUUCCACACCUAUGGGUUUUAUCCUGCCAGCCCUCGGUAAAUUUGUGUUAACCUUGAGGAGCGUCAUGCAGCUGUCAUAAUAAAAAUAUCUGAGGUUAAAGAAAGAGAAACACUUUUAAGAGAAGGCGAGUAAAUAUGUCUCUGCGUCUGUCUCUCUGUGUUAUUAAAUAGAAUUAAUAUAAAUGUAAAAACGUCCCCUUAAACAUGUUUGCAACAAGCUACUCUGGAAGAUUUUAUGGCAAAGCUCCUGAAAAUUUCUUGAAACUUUCAGAGGUGUUUACUGUAAAUCCUCUAAUAUAGGCAGAGGUCUUUAAUUUGCUUUUACUGCAGAAGGCUUUUUCUUUUUCAUUAAAGUCUAACACAUUAAAACCUUUAAAAGACUUUAUGUUCACUGUUUGUAACACUUCAUAGACAUCGCUAUAAGCUGCUUAUUAUGACUUAAAAUGAUCGGUAAAAUGCCCUAUACGUGUAUUUAAAAGGCUUUAUUGAUGUGUGGGUUUAUAUUAAGCGUUAUUAGAGAAAUUCACUUAAAAAAGAUGAGUUAAAGCUCCUGUGAGGAACUCUCUGUUUGCGUCUGUUUGUGUUAAAAUGGGGAUUUUAAAUCAUUGGUUAUGCUGAUGAUGGUCUUUUUUGCUUUUGGUACAUCAUAAAAAAGCAUCAGUAUGAAUUUCAGUGUAUUUUUUUAGAUGUAAAAAAAUUCUUCACAGGAGCUUUAACUAAAAAAUAAAGAAUUUGUGACUUUUCUGAUAAUUGACUUGAUUUAAUGUGACUCUUUGUAGCUUUACACUCACGUUAUUUAGAUAAUCAAAUUUUUAGUGAAUGAUCUGAAGUGUUGGAUAUGUGCUUUGUCAGUUUAUUGGUUGGGAAGAAUUCCUGUUUUCUGAUUGGUUCCUGUUUUUCCAAAGUUUUCUCGAUUUUGGUACCACUUUGCUGAAAACAGAUCAAAUCAAUCGUUAAAUGGGGAAAUAAUCUGCUGGUUAUUCAGUGUUAAAAACAUAAACUAGCUGGAGUUUUAAAUAAGAUAUCUCAGUACGAGCUCCAGUGUUCAAUAACAGUAUAAUCCUGCUUUUACAUAAAUACAGCAGUUACAGUAAUCUAAUGAUAGAAUAGAUGAGAGACAAUCAAAAUGGGACGUUUCUGCUUUUAUUAAAGUGACUUUUUUAGGGAUGGUCAUGAUAGGGUAUUUUUUACAGUGUAGUUUAAGUACUUUUACAUAAGUAAAGGAUCUAAAUACUUCCUCACUCAUUACAGAGAGAGAGAGAGAGAAAGAGAGAGAGGGAGAGAGAGAGUCAAUCAGAGCAAGCUAAGCCGUCCUCUCAGUGCAGGGAGGAAGCGAGGGGAGGACACCGUAAAUCUGAUCUAAAGGACUGUGACCAGAAUAGCAUGAUGAGCUCAAGCAACCUCGCAUGCUAACAGGAGAUACGAAGGAUGAUGGAUGGAGGGAGAGAGUCAGAAAACUGCAGGACAAGAGGAGCAGGAAGGAGGGUUCGACUUUAGAUAAAAUGUAGAGGAGGAAACUUUCUGCGUGGAGGUAGUUUUGGACAUGGAGGAGACUUCUCUCUUAGGUGAAACAGAGAUGACCGCUCAAACUUACAAUGAGUAACAAGGUCAGAGGUGAGUCACGGGGAGCUUGUUCAGGUUUGUGAAUGAGUUUUGAGCCAUGGCGUCACACUGAGGCUGAAUCUCUCCUCUCUUCCCCCUCCCCGCAGCUCGCAAACAGGAGAUCAUAAAGAUCACAGAGCAGCUCAUCGAAGCUGUCAACAAUGGAGACUUUGAGGCCUACGCGUGAGUCAACAUGUCUUAUUUCUUCUCCCGUAAACAUCUGCACCUCCUCCCUCAUGUUUCACAUCCUGUAAAGGGAGCAGUAAAGCUGCAGAGAAAGCUUUAGUGUGAUGGACGGACAAACGUGCUCCGUCUUUGCAUCAAGAGAUUACAGUGAUUGUUUUAUCCUCCCUCUCUCUUUGCCUCACACAAUUAAGAGUAAUGCUCCCAGAUGAGUGAGUGAGUGAGUGAGGUGAGUGAGUGAGUGAGUGAGUGAGUGAGUGAGUGAGUGAGUGAGUGAGUGAGUGAGUGAGUGAGUGAGUGAGUGAGUGAGUGAGUGAGUGAGUGAGUGAGGAGGGGGAGGGGUGAGUGAAAGUGUGUCUGCAGAGAUGGAGGCCCAUUUCUGACUGUAAAAAUAGAACAGAUGAAAGGUCAUGCAUGAUGGAGAAGAUAGAAGGUGUAUAAUAGACGCAGGGAAAGAUAAUCGCAGAGAGCCGAACUGAUAAGAAACUGAGGCAGAGACACGACUGUUUUAGACAGUGAUUUAAUAUAAAGACGAUCAAGUUAUGAGAGUCAUACUUACAGGUCAAUCAUUUACAUAUACAGUAUUUACAAGUGCAAAAUGUUAAAGUUAGUGAGGAUAUGUUUAUUAAAUCAGAUUAAGGGUUUUAAUCUGAGUAAAACGUUUGAGUUCAGUCACAAUCACAGGACUCUUUUACGAAUCUUUACAUCUCUGUUAAGUAGGGUGAAGUCAUGAGCAGGUGUAACAUCCCCGGUUGAUUUAUGGUCUGACUCUCCGACUGAUGUUUCACAAAGUUUAAUUUUAAAAUGGUUCCUUUAAACUUCCAUGAACAGUGUGAACACAGCGGUCUGAGGAGCCAUAAACAAACCUCAACCAAAACGCCACUCUAUAGCCACAAAUAAUGCUCAGAACAGCACCUAACUUCAUCAACAGUACAUACAGGGUCCCAGCCAUAGUACUAGCCACCAAACAUCUUUUUAACUUUGUCUAAUUUCUUUAGCAAAGAGACUAAACACAACUCACCUACUCUCUACCAGCAGCCGCUUGUUUGUAGCAGGACCUCAGGUCAGUCCAUUAUGGACUACAUUGGGGUGACGCAGCUCAAUGAAGAACAUUAAUGAUCAUUUCUUUAUCAUUUCCUUGAAGUAAUAAUCUUCAUAUUAAUCAUUUUGCACUGCAGACGCGGUUGUUCUUCUGCUUUAACGUCUCAGUCUGAUUGCUUUUCCAUGAGGAAAUGAUCAUAAGAGAAGCAAGCAGUCGGCAGCAUUCAUGUCUGGAGGGGGUGUCUAACUCAGUGUUACAGUGUGUUUGACCCUAAAUUAAUUUUACUCUGGAAUAUCCCUUUAAGCUCAUGAAAUAGAGAAUAAUAAUAAGAAGAAGAAGAAGCAGAACCCGCUAGCAAACCUGCUGUAGCAUCCCUCAGAGAGAUGGUUUAGCAAACUGACAUUCAAAGGUUUAUUGUAAAUUUAAAAACCCAGUCAGAGUUUGUGCCUCUUCAGGUUACUAACUGAUUAAACAUUUUUACUUCCUUACUGAUUGCAAAAACACAAACAUGGAUACUGAACCCUGAGAAAAAACAGGAUACUAGAGUGUGUUUCUUCAUGUUUUCACAGGAAGAUCUGCGAUCCUGGUCUGACCUCGUUUGAACCGGAGGGGCUGGGUAACCUGGUGGAGGGGAUGGACUUCCACAGAUUUUACUUUGACAAUCGUAAGACUAUGAUCAUCAGUAUUGAUUAUCACUGUUUCAGCCUUGGGGUGUUGUUGACAACUUUACGUGUUUUGCUCUAAAGAUCCCUCUCUCCCGUCAGUCCUCUCCAAGAACAGCAAACCCAUCCACACCACCAUCCUCAAUCCUCAUGUGCACAUGAUCGGGGACGACGCUGCCUGCAUCGCCUACAUCCGUCUGACGCAGUUCGUGGAUGGGCAGGGCCGUCCCCGCUCCAGCCAAUCAGAGGAGACCAGAGUAUGGCACCGCAGGGACAGUCGGUGGCAAAACGUCCACUUCCACUGCUCAGGAGCUCCCGCUGCUCCGAUGCAGGGAUGAGGUACAAACAUUUACACCCGGAGAACGUUAGCUGUCGAAAGUGUCUGGUUUACAUCAUGUCAGAGUAUGAGCGCUGAAGAAAAAUUAUAUCAGACAUCAAAGUUCCUGAGAACUGAGGACAAUUUUAACGCUGUGUGCUGCUACGCUCAGUCAAGGGUAGGGCCCGACCGAUAUGGAUUUUUUGGGGCCGAUGCCGAUACCGAUUAUUAGGGGGGGGAAAAAUCUGAUAACCAAUUAAUAGGCUGAUUUUUAAAAAUUUUCAUGAAGUUAUAAAAAAUAUAUAUAUUGUAGAUAUCUACAGUAUACUAUAUACUGUAGAUAUAACGUAGGCUACUGCUCUUUACGAUGACAGGAAGACCGACUGAUCAAACUCCGACCAGAAAAGCGUUUUCACACACACCUCCCCCCUUACCGAUCUCUUAUUCUCCGCAUUUUAUCUCAGAAAAUAUUGGUGAAAAUCUGCAAGUUUUGGCUGACUACGGAUUAGUCGCAAACGGGCUAAAAUUGGGCGAUUUAAUCGGCUCACUGAUAAAUUGGUCGGCCCUAGUCUAGGGAUGUGCAACGAUUUGUCAUUAAAUCCUAAAAAGUAAUAGUCUAUACUAUCUGAAAAAAAAAGUUGUGUCACAGGCCCCUUUCACAAGGGGGCAGUAUUCGCAUGAUCCACAGUGUAGUGGGCGGGAUGCCACUGUAGAAGAAGAAAUAAACAAGUGAAAACAUGAUGGAGAGAUGACUGCAGCAACCGUCCAAAAGUUCUAUGUGGUGCUAAUUUGGUAAAACGAGUGAAGCAAAGGUACAGUGUAAACUCUGCGAGGCUAAGCUUGCAUAUCACAAGUCUAUGACAACCAUGCACAGCCAUAUGAAAGCAAAGCACCUGAGUGAAAGCAGCGGGUCGUCGUCACAGCAAGUCAAUUGCCAGCUUUGCCACUAGAUGAUGUACAUUUGAUGAAAGACUUGCGGAGCAAACGAUGUCCCUCAUCUCAAUGAUGAUCGCAAAAGACAUGCUCCCCAUCAGCUUCAUUGAUGGUGAGAGUUUUUGGAGUAAAUGUUCUUACACAACGGGAACGACGCAAAUAUACGACGCAAAAUUUGAAAUAUUCUGAGGCGAGUUUUGUCGUGCCCGACUACACAUCAAGCGCAAUGCGAUUUUGCAACUUUCCAGGGGGAAAAAAAGACGCAUCCCGGGUAGAAGCGAAAAGACUGACGCAACUCCAGACUGACUGUUUUUGGCUGUCUGUCAUGAUAGCAUGUCCUGAGUCGGGGCCAGUACCAGAUAAGCACAUUAAACUAUAAUCCAUAAACAUAAGGUAACAACCAAGACCUAAUGGUGCUGUGACAGCAACGCGAUUGAGUUUGAGACAGUGAAAAUACAUAUGGUAUGUUGUAUCUGAACAGGUUAGCUUACGAGCUAAAGUUACUUAGCACAGAUGAAAGUUAAAACAAAGACGUUUAGCAAACUGUUAAAGCACACAAACCAUCAUCAUAUGAGAAAACUGACACUAUGACUCUCCACAAGUUGUCCUUCAGGUCAUUAUCUUUGUAAUAUUUGUGUCUUUUAGCACUCAAUAACGCCUUUUAGCACUCUGUUCUCCGACAUGUAAAGGAUCAGCCGGUUGGCCGUGUUUGAUAUACCAGUGAAUCUGACGUCGCAACAACACGCAAUCUGAUUGGUCAGAAGUGGACACACCGUAUGCGAAACUUUAGAAAAAUCAACCGUGAUUUGAAAAAAUAAAUGCCGCAAUAUCGCAGGACGGGAAAACGUCACUGAUGUGAACACUUGUAUUAACAGGAUAUGGUUUGAAAAAACAUAUUGACGUCCGAAAUAAUUGCACGAAAAAAAUGCUCCCGGUGUGUAAGGACCUUAAGGGUGAUGUCAGGAUGAUUCCCUCAGUCCCGUGGAAGAGAAUCGCUUUGUCCCAUGGUUUAAAGAGGAGGCGGCGCAGUUAAUAAUAACAAUAAUAACGUUCUAUAAUGUUGUACUGUGAAUUGCAUCACUGUGAAAAUAAAAAGACAGAGUUAUGAUAAUCGCAGAUCUCUUUCUUACCCCGUGAUUAUCAAAUAGUAAUUUUGCUUGAAAUGCACAUCCCUAGCUCAGUCUGAAGCCAACUGUUGGCUCUCAUAACUUUACGGUGUUGUGUUUGCAGUUUGUUUAUGAUACGUUAACUCAGCAGUUUGCAGCAAAAACAGAUCUUUUCUCCUCUUUCUGCUCCAGAGACUGGUGAGGAGGCAGAGAGGAGCCGAAAGGGAAUAAGUGGAUAAUCCAAGAGAGCGUGUCAGCACCGAGAGAGAGGUGCAGGGGUGGCUUAAAGGAGUCUGAAGAGUCUGAUUUAAGGGAUCAUGGCCGUCCUCCUGCGCUCUGCACACCCACCUCGCUCUUCUCUCUCUCUCUCUGUCUAUUUUUUGUCUCUCUACAACAUCAAACUCAGACAGACACUCCCUUCGCCAAAACCUACGCUACAGCAGAGGGCAUAUCAGCCGAAAUAGGAAACUCUUGAGCCUGUCUUCGCUCAGCCUGUUUGUGACAUUGAAGGCCCGACAUGCCUGGACAACACCUGUCCUUUUGUCCCCUUUUAUUCUGUGCAGUGUGGCGCUCUCCUGCUGAAGAUUUACCCUUUUACUCCUCUGAUUAUUGUUCCUUAAUCUAGUAUUAUUAUGGCUGCAGUCAGUUGUUGUGUGCUUUACACUGUACAGUAUAUUUAUUAGUCAUCCUGAUAUCUUCUUCUUCUUCUUUUUUUAUAUAACGAGCAUGUCUCUUAUUACCUGUGGCUGUUUCUCUGCACGACUAAGGCUGCCUGUGUGAAAUGAACAAACAGCACCACGUGUCUCACAGAGGAGAGACCAGUGGGUGUGUUUAAUUAUCCUUUUUGUUCUGUUUGUUAUUUAAUGGAGCUUUUUUAAAAUCCAUCCUUUCUCUGGAGUGUGUUUGACCCUGAACUGACGCCUCUGUGUGUCUGCCCGUGGACCCCUCUGAGCCGCUCUGUGAGACAGUGAAAACCAUGCAGCAUGCUAAGAUAUACCUGUCGUUCUUGACUGAUUCUCUAUGUACUGAACAUUGCAAGUUAACUACUGAGAUUAUGACAAUGGUUGAAAUUAUAGUAUCACUCUGUUUAUGUAAAUUUCCAGUUUCAUCGUGGUGACUUGACUACAAUUAUUCUGUAGAUGGUAUUUAAUUGCAUGAUAUUCCAAGUUAAUAACAUUGGUAAGUUGGGUGUUAUCGUGCAUUUUGUUGAUUUUUCUCUUUUUGGACUGAACCGUCGGCAAGCUUUGCCAUUGCCUCUAUUUUCUGAGCUUUGUAAGUGCAUAAACUUCAAUUUUUUUGUGUUUAUAUAAUAGUGUAGUAUAAACGAGGAUACUGGCGAGGAUUAUGACAGAAUAUGCCUUUUAAAGAAAUUGCUGGAUGCAGAUCGCUCUGUUAUUCUGUCAAAGACAAAAGCCAAGAUAUGAAGUCAUUAUUUAUUUUUUGAGUAGAGUAGACUAAAGUAUAUGUCUCAUGUUUAUUAUUUAGAGUAUAUACAGCUCAAGAGGUUAUUUUAGAAAACUACACAAAGUUAUGUUUCCAGGGGUGUAUGUCAUUAUAGAUUUAUUAACACAUAAUUAGUGGGAUCUUAAAUGAAAACAUUGAUUUGUUAAGUUGUGCCCAAAUAUAGAGGUCUCUGCCCAGAAAAAUAUCAUAUACUGUCUAUUCAAAGUGGAUAUGGCCAACUAGACAUUGCCCAUUGGUUUCAAUGAACCUUGAGCCAUCCUUUAAGUUUUGUGCAGAAGCCAAACUUCUUUACUCAAUUUUUCUUUUUUCUUCAAAGCUCUUUCAAAAUUUUUCCAAAUUUGGAGUACAUCAGAUUUUGUCUUUCAUAGCUGAUAAUCCCAGGGGAACCUGCAGGAAUGGCUAAAAGUUUGUUUUGUUUUUUUCUACCAAAAAUUCAAAAUUGGAGACUUACUGUUGGUUUUACAAUAUGGGUCCAAGAUAUGAUAUGGUUUUUUUUUUUAUGCCAAAUUUUAGAAAUCUUGGUUAAAUGUGUGGUGGGGGCUGAAUUUUUUUUUUUUAGAUAUGGGUGUGCUACUGAGCCAUUUAGCCAAGCCCCUUUUUAGAACCUAUUUUAAAAAAUGUCAGUUCUUCUCUAGACUUAUGUUUACCAAAUUUGGUUGGUCUAUGUGUAUUUUAAGCACCCCAAAAUUGACUUCCUGUUCAUGGGGCGCAUUGCUUUGCUAAGGCAUAGGCUUAAUGGGGCACAAGGGUAAAGAUAAGAAGAACUUCAUUGAUCCCCAAAGGUCAUUUCAAUAAAGCUAUCAAAUUAAAAUACAAUUUGACAAAAAAAAAAAAAGAUGUGUUUAAUAGACGAUUAUAUGGAGGCAAAUACCGUCAUUAGGAUACUUUGAAAAUUCUCAAUAAAACAUGCUAAGACCGAAAAACAGAGUUAGCACCAUCAGGUCUCCUCAAUGGUUAAUGUCCCCUUAAACCAAUCUUUAAGAUUCAAAGACAGUGUAAAUCAGUCUUUUUGAGGUACUUAAGAACAAAAUUUUAGAUUUUAUUGGUUUUUAGUUUUCAUGAAGGCAAAAAGUUUGUUCAUCCUACGAGUUAAAAUUUUUUCCCUGCAGUUCAGUCCAGGCUUUACUUGUAAUUGCUAUAGUUAAAAAUGCCGUCAGGAAACACUACAUAACAUGCUCACAACAAAACAUCUGACAGACACAGUUUAGGACUAGUGAUUACUGAGGACAGAAAAAGUAAAAAAAAAAAGGUGUAUCCCUUAGGAGUUUGUUUUUACUUGAUUCUGAUUUGGUACAACAUCAGGAUUAUACACACAGAAAAAAAUGCAGAGAGACCUAUGUAUCCUCAAACCCAUCAAUCAAAAAACUGAAGAAAAUAUCCAAACAGAUUGAACAAAUACACCUCUAAUGGUGUAACUUUUAAGAUCUUCCACAAGAGAGCGCCAAAAUCCAUAGAACUAUUUAAGAGUGAAGACAAGAGUUUAAAACAUGAACCUUUUCUGAGCUGAAGUCUGUAUUCGGCUGACUGUUGGUGAGAGUAGGAACACUAAUACUGAGUAGCAGAGUGUGAGAGGAAAGAGAUAAUCACAAACAAAUAUUUCAAAUAUUCAAACCCUGCAAAGUUGGUGCAUUAUUACAAAGAAAAGGGACAGUAAACAAAAAUCCAGCUGAGCUUGCAAAGACUAACAAUAAGAAAAAUUGAAAUUCUGAAAGUAUUUAAAGAGACAUAAGGCUUAACAUGAAGAACAUCAUCAAAAAUAACUCAACAGUUCAAAAAUUAGAUUAAGAAUUACAUCAUGAAAAUGCGAACAAUAUGUACUAUGUACAACCUCAUUAUUUCAAUCAGGUUUUAAAACCUGCAAAUGUAUUUUAAUGCUUUUUUAUGUAAAAAAACAAACAAACGUAUUUUUAACAGUUCAAUGGCCCUGAGGGUCAACUGCAAAAGCUUCACAAACCACAAUAAAAAAAAUUAACAGAACGUCAGUAAUACUAAAGCCCCUGAAUAAUUAGUGAAACGAAAAAACACCUCAAAAAAUGUAAAAAAAAAAAAGAAGGAAAUAAACAAAAUCAUUUAAUCGAUUACUAAAAUAUUUCACAAAAACAAAAAAUAUUUAAUUUUAACCUUAAGAAAAACUGCAAAUUAUAUAAAACUUGCAUCCCAAUAAGAUUUCAUGAAGUGUAAAAAUAUUUUUAAAAUCAAAAACUUUUGCAAAAAAGUAAAAAUAUUUCAUUAAAUGCAAAAACUUUAACAUAUUUUGAACAUAUUUUAAAACUCUGACAUUUAUACAACAGAGAAACAUUUCAUUGAAUAAUGUAUCAGUCUAAAAUAUUCAACAAAAGUAAAAAUUUUACAUCACUUAAAAACAUUUUCAUAAAUAUAAAUAUUCAAUUGAUCAGAGCCUAAUUUCACAAAACGUAUAAACAUUUCUAACCCCAAAACACUUCACAAAAAUAAAAUACUUGAAAUGAGGUAAAAACGUUGUCCUUUUCAAAAAUAUUUUCCAAAACCUAUUUUUUAUGUAACACAUCUCUAAAGUAAUUAAGUUUAAUGAAACAGAGUGCAACAAUAUUAAAUGAAACAUGAAGCAUUAGAAAACAUUUUAAUAUAUUUUUGUUGAAUGCUUUUCUUUUAUUGAAAAAUAUUUCAGUGUUUUGUGAUUUUUUUUUCCUUUGAUGAAAGUUUCAGUAUUAAGUAUUAUUUUGAAAAAAUGUCUUUUUGGCAAGAUGAGGAAUUUCUGCCAUUUAUUUUUGCAUUAGCUGAAAUUUUAGUGGUCACAUUUGUGCAGCUACCCUUCAGGGCCACCGUUAUGAGUUAUUUUUGUCCACCUGCUUAAUAAAAUGAGCUUGGUCAGUCAUAAAAAGAACUGCAAAAUUAAAUGCAAUAGCUCACAUUAGAGUUGAUGUUUUAGUCCCAUCAUUUCAUCUGUUUGUGUGAAUAGUAAUGGAAUAUGCACUCUGCAGGACCUGAGUUUUUUUUUUUUUUUUUUUUUUUUUUUUUAAUUUGGCCCUCUCUCCUGUCCUGGUCAAGCCCUGUAGGUGUCAGUGCUUUAAUAGGAUUAUUGCUCACUUAGUGUCACUGUCCUCUUUGGCAAACAACCCUUAUUCCACUAACCAUUAACUUGGCUGUAGACAGAAGACCCUCAUGAUUUAUUUUUCUUACGUUUAGUUGAGCAAUGAUGAGACGAUUAAUGAGAACGCUGCUGUGUGAAAAACAGAGAUUUCUUUUUUACAUUUAUUAUACUGAUAACGAUAAAGAUGAUUCCUCUCUCUGGUGUGCAUUCCAAGUCUUAUAAUAUUAAAAUGUGAUCAGAUGUAAUCAGUGUGUGAACCAAUAAAAUGACAAUGCAGAGAGUACCGCAGCCCUCUCUCUUAUCUCCACCCACAGACACAGAA